AUGAACCACACUUUGGCUGUGUGGUUCCAUGUGUGCUCCACUUCUCCACCAUCUUUCCUUCCAUCAUCACAGAUCGAUGUGUUCUCCUACAUUUGCAUCUCCAGCCCCAUCUUCUGUGGAAAAGGUGAAAAGAACAGACUCGGACUGUUGCAGAGUCUCAUUAAACUUCGGGCACCCCAUGCAGCCAUGUCCUAAUGAUUUUUAUUUCUUUGUGCUCUCUCCUAGUGAAUGUGACCUCUUCUAAAGAGCCUGGCUCUACAGAGAAAGUUUCCACCAUGACACCGGGGAAGGAGCGGGAAGCAUUAUAUGGUAAAUUUGCUAUUUCGUACGUCGUCGUUUUAAGGAACUUGAUGAAACUUUUCAGACUCAACGGACAGAAAAUCUAAAAAAAAAAUUCCUGUCUUUAAUUGAAUGUCUCCUGUUUUCUCUGUCUUACGUACCAGUGCGAGAUGUUAAUUCGGGACAGUGUUUGGGUUUUUAAGAAAUCAUCAUUAUUAAAUUUCUAUACAGUGGUACCUCGGGUUAAGUACUUAAUUCAUUCCGGAGGUCCAGUCUUAACCUGAAACUGUUAAAUUUCUAUACUGUCCUUCAUCUGAGGAUCACAGGGAAGUUUACAAUAUAAAAACACAAAAAGACAUACCUUAGUAAUAAAAAAUCACACACACACACACACACCCUGGCAGUUUAAAAGGCGGCAGAUAAGAUGUUGAUUAGGUCAGCCAAAGGCCUGGGAGAGGAGGAAUGUUUUUGCCUGGUGCUUAAAGAUAUGCAAUGAAGGGGCCAAGCGAGCCUCCAAUAGGGAGAGCUUCCCACAAGCUGGGAGCUACCGCAGAAAAAGCCACUUCUCAUGUUGCCACCCUCUGGACCUCUCGUGGAGGAGGCACAUGAAGAAGGGCCUCAGGUAAUGAUUGCAGGGUCCGGUUCAAUUCAUAUGUUUUCCUUGAAAUGAAGGUCUGUGAAGACUGUGAUGUCUUUAAGGUAUAUUAUUUUAUUUACACAUAUAUACAACCUGUGCAUGUAGGAUGGAGAGGCUCACAGCAGAUCUUCCUCCAGCAGAUCUUCCUCCUUCAUUAGGUUUCCAGCACAGAGCAAACAGGUGUCUGUCUUUGCCUCUUCUAGCAUUCAGCUUUUCAACCCACCCACCAACUCUGGCUUUUGUUCUUCUACCUACCAGCCAAGCGGUGGUGAGGGCAAAUGCCCACCAAUUUGCUUCUAUAGCAACUUCUUCGGAUUUGUAAAUCGCGUACUUAACUAGUCAGCCAAAGCUAGACAAAGGAACUGGUUUGGCAAGCUUGAUCUUAUUUUUUUAUUAAAAUUGUUAUGUACCGCUGCAUCAUAAAAAUAUACCACGGUGGUGAUAGUCAUUCUCUUAUACGUUCCACUCCACACAUGCAGAAACAGAUGUUUUGGAAAGGGGCACAGUGUGUGGGGCCGAGUCUUCCCUCCCAACCUCAUAACAAUGCAAUAGUGGAUAACCAACCCUGAUCUGGAAGGUCCCAUUUUCUUUGCCCCCAUCCCUGCUUUUAGGACUGGAUAAGAAAUGGGAGCAAGCCCCUGCGACUGAAGAUCAUUUGUCCAAGAGAACUGUAAGCAAACUGUGGAACUGGGAGACACAUUCUAGGAAAUCCUUUAACUGCCGGCUUGUUAAAUCCACCCAGCAGUGUUGCACAAGAUAAUUUUUACGGGCUCUGUAUUCAUGUUAUCACCACCUCCCAGUCAUUGUAAUGGACGCUUUUUAGUUUGUCUUGAAUUACGCCUAUGGGCUUGUGCAGCUAGAAAACACUGCUAUAUAGGUCUAUGUUCUCAAGGCCCUUUAAGAGGUUGGUUUUGUCUGAAUUUCAGUGGUGUUGGGGAAGGUCAACUCAGAUGGACCUCUGAGAUGACUUUUAUCUUUUGUAAACGUAGACCCUCCGUGCAGCUAACAACUUUGGCUUUAAUGGGCUCCAGAUCCCUGUGAUCAUGAAACCCAAAAAAUACCUUCCAAAACCCUCUGUUGCCUCCAGGCCCUCUGAAAGAGAAAUAAUUCCACUGAGCCCCUUUCACCAGAUGUGGACAUAGCUUAGCACUCUGCUUCCUGAAUAGCUUCAGUCUUGAGAUCUUUUUCACAAAUCUACAUCACUUUCAUAGGAACAUAAGACAAUGCAUUUUUCCAAGUCAGACCAAUUGUCUGUAUAUUAUUAUUAUUAUUAAUAAUAAUUUCCAAUUUAUGACUCUCCCUUCACCCUAAGGUCCCAGGUCAGGUUGCAGCAAUUAAAAUGCAAUGUUAAAAACAACAUGCAGUUGCAAAAACCUUGGGUGGGAGGUGUCCUAAAAAUGCACAUAUUAGGUGUCAAAAGCUAGGAUAAAAAAUUGUCAUCAGCAUGAAGAUUGAAUGGAUUGAAACUGGAACAUUCGGCUCGCAAAGUGAGCAUUUUGCUUCUGAGCUACGGCUCUUCCAUGAAUAGUUCCAGCCACUGCCUUCUAGGCAAGAAAAUUUCAUGCAGUACUGUAAUUCGUGGGCCCUUUCUCUUUGGAAGUUAUUUAUAGAUUGCCCGUUAAUGCUUUUUUUUAAUUCUAACAGUCUUGGUGGAUUUGCCAAGUUGAAAGCAUAUGUGUUUGUUAGUCUGAUUAUUAUUAUUAUUAUUAUUAUUAUUUCAUUUCAUUUCUAUACCGCUUUAUAUUUUUAAGAAAAAUCUCAAAGCGGUUUACAUCAUAUUAAAACAAUACAACAAUCCAAAAUCAAACAUUUCUAAAAAAGUCAAAUAUAAAAUAUACAGUCAAAGCAACAUAGUUAACAGGAAACUAAAAUAUUAUCUUAAAGAUUUCAAAAUAAAACAUUACAAAGGAGAUCUACUACAAAAUACAUAUUCAACACAAACAAAGUUAACAAAAAAAACCUUAAACAUUUCAAAAGAAAACAUUACAAAGUCAAGUCAAAUAUAAAAUGCACAUAUAAAACAUAUAAACAUACAACAUUUUGCAUACAUUGGUUUAGAGAGGUGACUGUUUAGCCUAAACUUACAUCGCUUUCUUCCUGAGGUGAAAAAUGUAAUAAAUAUUUCAAUUUUUAAAAAGGGCUGCGUCUUAUCAGAUGCCUGUUGGCACGGGUAGGGAAGGGAAGGGAAACUUCACUUUUCCAUGCAAAGGCCAACACUGGUGUAACUGUUCUGCAUGCGGCUCCUGACUUGCAGAGAGAAUUCUGUAAAAGAAAGUUAUACCCCAGAAACUUCAGCAUUAACCUUUACUGGUAUUCGCUUGAUUUUGGUCACCACAUCGAGCGUCUUCCUUUCCUGCUUUCCUGUCAGGCAGAAAUGAGUCAUGCGUGAAUCGUGGAUUGUGGGCCAUCUCUACUGCUGCAGUCCUCUGUUUACAUGCAGCGAUCCCACAACUUGAGCUCGUUUUACUCACACCAUCGCAACCUUGCGCGGGGUGGGGUGUGUGUGAAAUAAGUAAAUAAACUGAGAGCCGGGAAACCCGCCAUUCUCUGCUCUCCUUUUAAUUCUCAAAGCCCAGUAAGCGAAGGGACGGGCUUUGGGAAGGAGGUGUGAUGGCUCUGGAACGCUGCCAGAGCCUUCUCAUUGCUGUCCCAAAGGCAGUUAACAGAGCAGCGUCCCAGAGCCCUCGUGCCACCUUCCCAGGCACCACAGAGGCCCGUAAGAAGGGCACCUCUUCGCUUAUAGGCACCUCUAGGAAGGUUACGGAGGACCCUGGGAAGCUCUCAGGGCCCCCUACAACCUUCCCAGGCCCUAGUAAGCAGCCUUCCACCUUGCAGAGGGUAGUUCUGGGAGUCCCUUCCUUUGCACAAUUUUGCCUUUGUGCUCAGACCCCUUAGAACCGAACCCUCGCUUAAAUGGCGGGUCCGCUAUAUAUGGAAGCGAGCCCCGUGUAAUGGAAUAGGGUUUGUUGAGUAAAUGUGCAAAGGUAAAGGUAAAGGGACCCCUGACUGUUAGGUCCAGUCGUGACCGACUUUGGGGUUGCAGUGCUCAUCUCGAUUUACUGGCCAAGGGAGCCGGCGUACAGCUUCCGGGUCAUGUGGCCAGCAUGACUAAGCCGCUUCUGGCGAACCAGAGCAGCGCACAGAAACGCCAUUUACCUUCCCGCUGGAGCAGUACCUAUUUAUCUACUUGCACUUGACGUGCUUUCGAACUGCUAGGUUGGCAGGAGCAGGGACCGAGCAACGGGAGCACAUCCCGUCGUGGGGAUUCAAACCGCCGACCUUCUGAUCGGCAGGUCCUAAGAUCUGUGGUUUAACCCACAGCGCCACCCAUGCAUAGGAGUUUACUGUAAAGGUAGAAUUUGCCAGUAAUGGGGGAAUUGCUCCAACUAUCCACAAGUUAUUUUCUUUUCGGGCUGGGCAUGCAGCUUUUCUAAAAGAAAACACUCGUGUCCAUCUGAGCUGAAACCGACUCAGUUAACCCAUUACUUUUAGCUUCUGGGUGGAUAACUGAAUUUUCUAAGAGCCGAUUUUCUGAUGGGAUUUAAGGAAUGCAACGUAACUGUUUAUACAUAACACAGGUUCCCGUUCCCUGGCGUAGAGGAAAUUGAGUAGUUCAUGAACAAUCCUCUCAUUCUCUGUCUUCUUAAAACCAUGAUAUAAAUGAUGACCAAAUGCCAGUUACAGUUCUGAAUGCUCCAGUUAAAAUGUUGCUCAGUGGUAUGCAUAGGUAAGGACGAUUCUUGUCCAGUAUUCUGGAAAUAAUGACUCGCAUGUUUUGUGCUGUUAAAUAUGUUGAUUUUACUAGAUGUGGUCACAACUAUAAAAAUCAACAUAUUUUAAAUGUGUGUAAUUCAGUUGCACUUCACUACUGAAUAGCAAAUUGGUCUCUUGUUCAGCACUUUUAUCAGUCUGCGGAAGUAGGCUUUUAAACAAUAUUUCCUCAGGAGAGAAGAGCCAAGAAAACACAAGGUGACUUUCCUCCACGGAGUGGUUUUUCAGAACUCUUGAAAUACUCAGCUCCUAAGGAACAAUCCUUGAUUUUUGCACGCAGUCUUUUAGGCUUUUUCAGACCUGAAGAAGGAAAUCAAAUCUCCCCAGGUCUUUGCCGUUUUACAUAACUCUCUGAAACCACCAACGGAAAAUAUAUCUAUAUGCUUUUCAUGUUCUUUGUUAGGUGUGGUAUUUGGAAAUCCUGCAGUAAUGUCUAAUUUUUCUUCUCUUUAAACAGCCUAGUCUUGAAAAUGUCCAAACUAGCAAUGGAACAUUAGCUGAGUAAUGAUUAGAUCAGCUGAAUCACUGCUUGAAUUUCAAAGGACCAGAGAGGGAUAAUCUGAUCAUGGUUGACCAUCAUGGCAACUGUUUUUAGGAGGAUUUGGGUGGGGAUGAUUUGGCUAAAACUGGAGAAUUCUGCAUGCGGACUGUGGAUUUCCCUAAAGGCUUCUCUACCUUCUUCCCCAUGUGUUGCUAAAAGGCUACCUUAAGAGUUCUAGUAGCUUACCUGUUGAUAGCAUCAUACUCCAACUCCUUGCCAUUGCAGAAAGCCUCCUGCAUUGACCAGAGGUUGAACUAGAUGGCCUGUCCAGUUAUCUUCCAUAUCUGUGAUGCUAUGGGCAGAUCAGAAACUAAAAAAAUAAUAUGCCACUUUGAUGGCGUCUGAUUUUGACACGACGGUGGUGUUAUUUUCUAGGAGUGUGGAGUUUUGACACCAUUUUUGUCAUGGCCAAAUAUUUGGAUAAACAGUGAAACCUGUGGGUUAAAUGACAGCUUUCUGCUCUCAAAAGAACAAAGCAGAAAAUUCACUAUCAUCUAGUGCAGGGGUCUGCAACCUUUAAGACAAAAAGAGCCACUUGGACCCGUUUCCAAAGAAAAAAAAACUGGGAGCCGUAACACUCGUCAUUAUAAAAAUAACUUUUUUGUCACUUUUUUUAUUAUUUCUUUGUUUGACCCCUCAGAAUUACUCCUCCUCAUAGAAAUAAACGUUAAAUUAACAAGUUACCUUUUUGUGUGUGUGUGUUCUUCACUCCCCUUCAAAACAGUGACCAGCGUACAUGCCCCCCUUUCAAUGCAGUGACCAGCGUACAUGCCCCUUACAAUGUAGCGGGCGGGUGGGAAGGUGACGUUGGGACGGUGCAUGACUAACGCAUGCACCGCCCCCAUGCGACGUCACAGCCAGUACAGCGCCCGCCACAGUGGGGAGUGUCGGGGCGCACAAUGCGCCUCCUCCACUCACUAGUAUCUGCCCCGGAGCCGCGGCAAAGGUGUAAAAGAGCCACAUGCGGUUCCGGAGCUGCGGGUUGCAGACCCCUGAUCUAGUGAAAUCCCCAGGCACCAGGUUGAUAUUCCCCUUCCCACUCGAAAGCCCUGUGCAAGACUGAAGCAAGCAACCCUGUAAAGACCGAAAUCAUUUAGCAUGCCCCUAAAAAAGAACUUCUCUCCUUUUGCUGACCUAUAUUUGCCAGGCAGCCUUACACACCUUUUCAAAGAGGACAUUCCAGAUUCUUUCUCUCUGCCAAGGCCUUGCGACAGCUUACGCUUUUUGUCAAGUGGCCAGUUUUUCAGUACGCAACUUCAAGGAAGUCGAUAACAGGCUGCAUCUGUGUGCUACAUCUUGUUCCUUACACUUUCUCGUCUUUGUUUAACUAGCUAGGCAAGGUGAGUUUGGCUCAUCUGGGGGUGGAAUUCUUCCUGCAAUGGUGGUUUUCAUUACACAACUGUUGCUUUAAAGCCACCAUGUCAACAGAUCUGCUGAGCGGCAUCGCCUCUUUAAUUUGGGAGGCGGGGAAGGCAGAGGUGUAGGAGGAGAAACUGACUUAACAGCUGCAACAGAAAACCGUGUGCUAUGUGCAUCCUCCUGUUUCUCGACUAUAUAUUGGUCUCUUCUACGCUUCCAAGGAGGCUGGUGUAAGUGGAGCUCAGCUUUCUUGGUCCCUGGAAGCAGAAGCAAAAUGCCACGUGGGGAAUACAAAUUGGAGUAUAAGAGUGAGUAGAACCGGAGCGUUGGGGCAAGUGGCAGGGGGUAGAAUAACAUUUCAGGACUUGAUGUAAAACUUUUUCCAGUGUCUUGUAACAUUUCCCUUUUGCAGAGAGUGGAGGGCUGCUUUGGGGAAAACCCUUGUUAGAUGCCUUCCGUAGAUCUGUGUCUACGUAUCACUCUUUGAUGCAAUUCUUGUUUGCUGAUGGGAGAGUCAGUUUAAUCCACAACUUCCCUAUGGUUGAAAAAAAAGAAGUUGUGCUUUGCACCUGAAUUCUGUGCGUUACCCACAUUUUUAUCUGGAAUAAAGCUGCAAGAUGUGUUAAAGGGUGAACAUUAUUUUCAGCCCUUCUUGGACUGGACCCAAAGGGUCUGUCUAAUCUAGCCUCCUGUGACCUCUCAAAUGCCUUUGGAAACUCACAAGGCAAAAGCCAUUCCAUCAAGAUAAGGAAUACUUGAAUACUUUAUAGAAAUUUGGUAUGUGCAGAAUGGAGCCUCUGCACUUCAGUCAAUGAGCAGAACGAGCUUGGACUUCAAAUGAAGGAUAUGUUUUUAUGUCUAGAGCAAAAAAAAAAAAAGCAUGUCAGUAAUAACAGACUUUUGCUGGGAUUUCUUGAGCGCCAAAGAAUAGGAUGCUUACAGUACAUAGCAUUAAAACCUGCCUACGGGCUUACACUGGGACGUGGGUGGCGUUGUGGGUAAAACCUCAGUGCCUAGGACUUGCCGAUCGCAUGGUCGGCGGUUCAAAUCCCCGCGGCGGGGUGAGCUCCUGUCUUUCGGUCCCAGCUCCUGCCCACCUAGCAGUUCGAAAGCACCCCUAAGUGCAAGUAGAUAAAUAGGUACCACUUUAUAGCGGGAAGGUAAACGGCGUUUCCGUGUGCUGCGCUGGUGCUGGCUCUCCAGAGCAGCUUCGUCACGCUGGCCACGUGACCCGGAAGUGUCUCCGGACAGCGCUGGCCCCCGGCCUCUUAAGUGAGAUGGGCGCACAACCCUAGAGUCGGACACGACUGGCCCGUACGGGCAGGGGUACCUUUACGUUUACCUUUACGGGCUUACAAUCUAAACAGACUGAUAAGGAGAAGGAAGGAAGAGGGAAGAUGAUGGAGGAAGAGAGAUGCUUUGCCAACUAGUAGUUAUGUUGUUCUCGAAGCUACAAACAUGAGCCUGACCAAACUGCGGGAGGCAGUGGAAGACAGGAGUGCCUGGCGUGCUCUGGUCCAUGGGGUCAUGAAGAGUCGGACACGACUAAAUGACUAAACAGCAACAACAAGAAGUUAUGUUGAAGGGAGAGAGCAAAUGAUCCUCUGGUUUGGAAAACAGGAGGAAAUGGCUUCUCAUUCUAGAAAGGUAUUGGUAACAAGGGAAGGACUGGAAUCGAUCUGGCUGUAAGGAAGGAGCAGCUGGUCAGCCUCUUGGGCUCUGGGCUUGGCAGGACCUGCAAGUGCAGGUAGGGGAAGGCAUGUCCCCGAGAAGGAAGGUACCUCUUCACCUCCAUCGAAGGGCAGCCCUGUGGUCUCUGCUGGAAGCCAGUCAUAUAUAGGCUGCACAGCUAAACUGGAUCCCUGCCUGUUGACACCCACCCAACCCAACUGCAGGGACCCAACAUGUUGAAACCAUCAAAGUGUGUUCUGGGAAAGUGUUGCAGUAGGCCUGCAACUUACUUGGGGGUUACGUCCUGGAAAUUGCACCUAAAACAUAAAUUCUGUAAAGUCAAGAUCCAUUGGGUUCAAUGGCGGGUGGGAUUGCUAAAGUCAUAUUUUCUGAAACCCCACCCUUUUCUGCCCCAUUUUUAAUUUUUCGCUAUGUAUGUAAAUCUGAAGAUGCAUGAGUUAACUGUGUGCAAGUUGUUGGUACUAUUCUUAUUAUUUGUAUAUGUUGUGUGUAGAUUAUUAGCCAACACUAUAAAUGCUCUCUUAUCUUCUGCCUGUUCCUUUUGCCAUUGACAGAAUUGUUGAAUUGUGUGAAGUGUGCUCUCUUGCAUCCUUCCAUUCUUAAAUUUGUGGGGCUUAGCUUGUUUUCUUCUUCAGCAACAGCCGGCCACUAAUGAGGAAGACAUCAUAUCAUGCGUUUUGAGGGAGAUGCUUCUUAAAAGAACUUUUCUUGCAGUCAGGGUUUUAGAGUGAUUGUACCAAAUUUCAUCUUUGUACCCCAGAAACAACCUUGCAGCUUUGAAACAGGAGAAUAAGUUUCUUCUUGCAAAUGCAGGGCACAUACACAAACUAAAUGCAUGCAAAAUAUGGAUAGCUUUAAGAGCGAUUAACCAUGGCUUCAUUGUUGAGGGACAGAUGACCUCAUGCAGUUCCUAAAAUUCUAUGUAACCUGACUGGCGGACAGUGAGAUCCUAAACAUGACUACUCUGAAUUCAGUGGGACUUGCUUCUGUAAUCCCAGGUCAGUGGGCAUCAGAUUUUAACGUUAAUUUUCUUUCCCCCUUUUAAGAAAAUGGGCCUGUGAUAAUGAAGACAAUGUCAGUGUGCAUGAAUUAAGUUUCUAAUAUGCAAAGCAAUUUACCAUGUUUGCUUUAUCUCUGUCUACAGUCAUUCUGUCUACUGUAAGGUAAAGGUAAAGGGACCCCUGACCAUUAGGUCCAGUCGUGCGGCGCUCAUCUCGCUUUACUGGCCAAGGGAGCUGGCGUACAGCAUGUGGCCAGCAUGAAUAAGCCGCUUCUGGCGAGCCAGAGCAGCGCACGAAAACGCCAUUUACCUUCCCGCCGGAGCAGUACCUAUUUAUCUACUUGCACUUUGAUGUGCUUUCGAACUGCUAGGUUGGCAGGAGCAGGGACAGAGCAACGGGAGCUCACCCCAUCGCGGGGAUUCGAACCGCCAGCCUUCUGAUCGGCAAGUCCUAGGCUCUGUGGUUUAACCCACAGCGCCACCCGCGUCCCUUCUGUCUAUGUAGUCACUACUUUUGGACAUGAGGGCUGAGAGGUCCAGCAAAAUCAGGUCUCUAGAGGAUAAUCCUUUGACACCCCCCCCCCAAUCUUCUAAGCCAGGCACAGAGAGAGUGCCAUAGCAUACAAUCUUGUGUAAAACUGAGGUAGCCAAUAAACUUUCCUCCAGGUGCUCUUGGACGACAAGCCUCUUCCCAUCUCUGAUGAUUGCCCAUGGUGCCUGGCACUGAUGGAAACUGGUCCAGCAACAUUUGACAGGCACCGUGUCUUUGACUUCACUUGACGUGAAGAUUGGCAUUGAAUUUUUCUCCUUUAAGCUGCACUCUGCUUAUCAAAAUUUCCAUUUGCAGAAGAUUCCUCGGGGGACGGCGUGAGCACCAUUUGCAACACCACACUACCAUCUCACCUUUCCGACUCUACAGAUGAAUUUACCACCUACUUUGAUCAGAAAAUACCUGUACCUGAAGAUGAAAAGGUAAGCAAGUGUGCUUGGCCACCUCUCCUUCAGGGGAAAUAGAGGUGUGUGCAGGGCAGUAUUCCCCAAAUGCUGUGUUGGGGAACUACUAUUACGCCACGGAAGAACUGCUUACACCGAGGGAGAAAUAACCUACCUGAGCCCCAAGGGACAACCUGUGGAAGAGAUUGACCACUGUGUCCCUGCCUUGACCAGGCUCCCUUCCAGGCAGCUUCUUCUGGGAAGGUGUAAUUCUGCACAAGGUGCCAUAUGCAACAGAAUUAAUCCAUUAUCCUAUGAGGCUGCAUGAGUUGUUCCCCUGAGCUUCCUUCUUUCCAAUUAAGGCCAACACUAAACUCAUGCAGAGAUAGGCGAUUCUGGGUAUAUUUGUUCCUUUGUUUUGUUUGAGUUGGGUUGGGGUUGGUUAAAUGUUUAGUUGGGGGUGGCAGUUAUUUUAAUUUGGGUAUAACUUCUUCUCCCUCCUCCUCCUCUUCAUUUCUGUUGAUUUAUUGGUUUUAGUCUGUAUAAGAUACAGUGGUACCUCGUGUUGCGUAACCUCCAGGUUACGGAAUCUUCGGGUUACGGCCGAAUCUGGGUUACGGCGCAUGCUCAGAAAGGCGCCUCUGGUUACGAAGUUUUUGGGAUACGGCCGGGCCUCCGGAACAGAUCCCGUUCGUAACUAGAGGUACCACUGUAUCCUGUUUUUUUAACGUUUGAUGUUUGAUUAUGUUUAUAUAUGCUGAAAGCCACCCAGAGUGGCUGAGGAAACCCAACCAGAUGCGUGGGAUACAAAUAAUAAAAUUAUCAUCAUCAUCAUCAUAUGAUCUAAAGCUCUCUGUCUCCAAUGUUUAAUUUGAAAGGGAAGCAUGUUUUUGCUGUUAGAAAUACAAAGUUUCAGAUAUUCAACUAAAAUGGCUUUCAGUGGGUUUUCUUCUGCUUAGGUUUUCUUUUUAUUAAACAAAUCCCAAGUUCCAGGCCAUAUGUUGGACGUGUAAUACUAUUUGAAGAUGAUUAUAGUGAGAGAUGAGCCUCUCUGUACCUUCCUAUGACUUUCUAGGGAGCAGGAAUGAAACAGUCAUUUUCCUUGCUAACCUAGCCAGUGUAAUGGUUGAGCGAAGAGGAACAAUGGUGCUCUGUGGACAGCUACUGAUGUUAACUUUUGAAAUGUCACAGCAGCACAGACCUUUCCCUCCAGGCUGCGUGUGUUGGCAGUCCCUCGAUAAGUAAAGCAUGGACAUAUAAAUUUAGCUUCUUGUGGAUAACCUCUGCAGCUAAUGAUGACCACAAAGGCUUCCUAACCAAAGCAAUGUUGAGGUUCAAAAUAAGCAUCUGCAACAAGGAGAAGCAUUAUCCAAAACCAGACCAUAACAUUUGGGAGUCAGAUACCCUUGCUGUUCUGCUGCAGAUCACCCAAAGAUUGCUAAGUAGAUCCAAACUUUGCUUGUCCCCAUUCUUGUUCUAGGGCACACAGAACGUAUGCAGGCCACUGCUCAGGCUUAUUUGAGUUUGUGGCUGCCCCACAUCAGCUAAGCCUUCCUAGAGUGCAGUCAACAUUCCCUUGCAGUCUGAGGUUGGUAGUGUUGGAUGGGAGCUGUCUUUCAGAGAAGCUUGCCUGCCUGCUAUCACUGGUCUUCUGCUUGAGCAAGCCCUGAUAAGCCUUAAGGAACCUUCCCAGAGCACAGUUCAAAGUAAAUGCUCUAAAUUUAGGCCGUUGUUAAGAUAAACGUUUCUGGCGUGAUGUAGACUUCGUGCGAUGCUGUAUCGUUGGGUGGGUUUGCUGCUUUUCUGUUCCUAGCGUGAUGGUCCUUCUGGAAUUAAAGCAUCGGUUAAAAAAGAAAGAAAGCAACAACAAAGCAACUUUCUGUGUUGAUUGAUUGUGACGUUAAUAAUCAUUCGGACAACUCCUUCCCUUCUGUGGAAAAACAUCUCCCCACUCUUAACCCCCCUUUUUUUCCUUUUAAGCAUCCAUGGUUCAGUUUUCGAAAACUCUGGGCCUUCACUGGGCCAGGGUUUCUCAUGAGCAUAGCCUACUUGGAUCCAGGCAAUAUAGAAUCGGAUCUGCAGUCUGGCGCCAUUGCAGGCUUUAAGGUAAGUAGCCUCUUGCUCCUGAGUAUUUAAAAGCCAAAGAAGAAUGGAAACUUUUUACAAAUUAUCUAAAAAGACAACAAAAUGAACUGGACUCCUUGGCAGGUUUUGAAAAAACAUGCACAAAUUUAUUGGUGGUUAAUAUAGUAGAUAGAUAAUAUAAGGAUCUAUACAAUUUUAUAGUAUGCAGAGAACAAUAUGUGUUGAGAAAUCAGAGAGAGUAGCUGAGGGAAGUCUUGAGGGGGAGGGUUCGUUGGGGAGGAAUGGAGGGAAAUAAUGAAGAUGAUAUGUUUCGAUAUUUUUUAUGUUGAAAUUGUUAAUAAAAAUAAAAUAAAAUAAAAGCCAUCCAUAGAGUUUUGAGAGCUGAAAGAGAGCUUACUCCUACUCCAUGUGCCAAUAUUAAUUCUAGCCAGAAGAUGUUUACCAUAACCGUGUUCGAAUAGGGGACUCCACAGCCUUCUUGGGGUGAACUUGUCUUUAUUAAAAUUCUUGAGUCCUCCUGACAUGAAGAUGAAUUGCAGUGGGGCCAGGCUGGUCUGGCAAGAGCGCUCUUUCUUCCCAAACCACCCAGAUGUGGAUGUCGCCCCCAUACCAUAAAUAGGCAAAGCUGCAUCUCUGCCUGCCCUUUAAAUCAGGGGGUUUUGUUUCUCUGUAAGAGCAGAAACCUGAAGGUCUACUGAUAAUGUAAGAUCAAGUGGCGAAGCUAUUGGUGACAAAGUAAGCUAUUCUGGAACAACCUUAAAACUAAUAAUAUAUUCUUCUGCAGCUGAAAACUUAAGUUUUAAGCAACUCAGCUAGAGAGAUGUUUUAUUUAACUACUUUGCCCUUUAGCAGGUAAGAGAGGCUUAAGCUAAAUUACUUACAUUACCGGAGGAGGAAUGUGUUGGUUUCCUCGUUCAUAAAAAGCUAGAUUGAAAUCUAGUAGUAUAUUUUCCUGAAGACAUUCCUGCCCUGUCCGGUUUCAACAGUCCUGCCAAAUGGUACUCUCCAAGGAAGCUGGGGGUUGUAAUUCUUAAUAGAUGGGUAAGAAUAUCCAACAGAGAAGUCUCUAGACUACAGUUCACAUGCCAGUGGAUGUGUCACGUAGCCUGGACAUGUCUGGAUAUUCUGCUUCAGUUAUUUCUUGAUAAAACAUGUGCAAUUGAAAGCUGUGUUCUUCUCCAUGCCCCGUUUCUGGUUGUGAGAGGGGUUUGAGGCUGUGUCCGUAUUUAAUUCAUGAAGAAUUGCAGACACACUUUAGGAAACAGAAUCCUUAGGCUAGCUGGCUCCCAGAGUUCUCAUAUCUUGGCUGCUCUUGACCUUGCUGUGCUUUUGUGCCUUUCAGCUGCUCUGGGUUCUCUUGCUAGCCACGAUCAUUGGCUUGCUUUUGCAGCGUCUGGCAGCGAGGCUGGGCGUGGUAACCGGACUUCAUCUGGCAGAAGUAUGCAAUCGGCAGUAUCCCAAGGUGAGUGAAUUGAGCCAUUCAUUUGGAAAUUUAUCUUGUGCUUUUGAUGCGAGCAGAGGAAUGCGCCUUGUUGUAGGAUCAGAUCUCCCUGUGUGUUAAAAGCAGCUAGACAGGAUUGGAAUAUAGGUGAUAACUGGUAACAAGGGGUUGAGCAGAGGCAGGAUUGAACAGGCCUGGAAGAUGGGGGCCAGGAAUUGUGGAAAGUCCCAAGAGGCUCCUGAAGAUGCCAGGCUGUUCUCAAAGUCGUAGGUCCGUAGCCAAAGAGUAUAAGAGAACUUGAUGCAUACAAGGGACAGAUGCAGAUCCAGAAAGGCAAAAAGAAGCAGAUGGGAGGAAGGCAGAUGCGUUGUGCCAAAGAGCAACAUGCAGUGGGAUUAAUGAGACCUAGAAGUGAAGUUGGAAAGACUACUCCAGCCUCCAGAUCCUCUGGCUUUUGCACUAUUUCUGCAUAUAAAGAAAGCACCGGCUGCACCCCCUUACCCUAAAUAGGCAAAACUGCAUCUCUGCCAGCCCUUUAAAUCAGGGGUGCCCUGUCAGGGGAAAUUGGGUGAAUCUGAGUGUGCCCCUCUUUUAAGAUCAUCACCACCUCCGUUACCUGGAGGAGAAUUUGCUGCUUGCCCCGACUUUCCCAUACAGCUCUUACCUUGAACCCAGGGCUUACUUUCCUUUUUUUUUUUUUGAGUAUCUGAAUGUCUUCUGAAUGUGUGCAGAGAGCACUUCUCUCAGCACAGAGUAAAUUGAAUGCAUUUUGAAUUGCGGGGCUUCCAGGCAGGCUUGCAACUUGGCCUCUUUCUUCCUCCUCUUUUCUGCUACACUCGUGCAAUAUUUGCUUUGUGUUGCCUCUCCAUAAUCACUUUAAUUGCUGGUCUUUGAAGAAGCCAGUCUGCUUAAAAGCUUGGAUUUAAACAAGCACAUAGGAGUAUUUUGUUCGCUCUGGAAUUCGUUUGAGGCUUGUUUCGGCAAGACACAGUUGCCUAGGGAUGUGGAUCUCGCCUCCACCAGGAUUAGCAAACCCUCCUUGUCUGCCCCCAUCUUAUUUCUGGUGACGUGUCUCUGGGUGGUCAUGUCUGUGUUUAUAGCUAACCCGGGACUAAGUUUCCUCUUGGGGUAUUCAGAACUAGACACAUCUAUUUGCUUCCUCUCCCCCGGGGGCUGCAUUGAAACAUCCUCAGUAAAUAGGAAGUUGGGUUUGAGUUGAGUCCCAGGCCAAGGCAGGCAAUUCCAAGUAACUAUUUUUCCUGAACUGAAGGAGGAAGAAGCUGCGUUCUGGGAUUGAGGUGGUGUGGAAACUGCUCCAGCACAGCUUCUUCAAAACAGCCUCCAAAAACCAUGUGGGAGGGGCCAGUUUCUGGGAGGGCCGAUACAGUCAAAGAAAGAGCUGCAAAUGUAGGCUUGUCCCGCCGGGCCUUGUACUUCUGCUGUUCUUCCCCUUGGUAGCAUCAGGCAGGAAGCUAAUGCAAGGAGGGACAAUUUUGCAAACUAAAAUGCUGAAAGUUUCCUUUCGCUGUUGUUUGUGGCUCUAAUGGCCAGUGCCUUCCGAAAGCUCAUUGUGGCUCUCUGCAGAAGGCUAUUUUUUAAAAAAACUUAAAAGCACGUAUCUUCACACUGAGCUUCCCUUGUAGCUGAAAGUUAGCUGUACAAAUCUCGUUGGUGUCUGUUGGCUCAGGGCUUGCCAAAUUCUAGUCAGUGUAAUCCACGUAGGUGGUUGCCGGUCAGCAGAUGCAGAAUCCUUCCCUCAUCAGAAGUGUUUGAUUUCUAAAAAAAGACCGCAGCGGCUGUUAUUUUUAUUGCUCAGUGCCUGUGGUAACUGGGGAUCUUCCGCCCCCUUUUAAUCUGCUUCUGUCGCUGUGUUUGGUUUGAUCCACAGGAAUUAGACCCUAAUACAGUGGCUUCCCUCUGGCCCAUUGGCUCAGUUAGGUUCACCAGGCCUCACAAUUUUGGCCGCAAGGCUGUUUUUUUGGCUCACCUGAUGCCAUGGCAAACGAGUGUAUCUUCUGUCUAGGGCAGAACAAGACCAGUUUCCCCACCCACCUUGUGGCUGGAAGAACUUUCUGCCUGUGAUUAUGCUCCUCCCUUCCCCAAAGGGAUCAUGUCGAAUUGCAUUGAGCUCAGCAGCCAUUUCUAAUCAAUUAUUUUUUAAUCAUUCAGAGUUUCGAUUGAGCUGCAUCCAUUGUUUACUUCUUCUUUUAAAACUCCGUGCUGUUGUGUUUCCACACAAUUAUAUUGAUGGAGGUGUUGUUUGCUAAUUUUUCCGUGAGGCUUUAUUGCCGUGAGCCGCUUUGAGCUCAAUAUUGUUUUAGGGAAGUGGCGUACAACUAUUAAAUCUAAUACCUGAUGCCACACACAUGACAGGUAGAUCUGUGGCUGCAAAACGACAGUUAGGAGCUUUGGUGGAAGCUGUGGUGCUCCUGUUGCUUAAACAGCCUUAACACUUGAUAAUAUUAGGGCCUAAUAUUAGCUGUCAAAUAUAGAUAACAUUAGGGAUGCGGGUGGCACUGUGGGUUAAACCACAGAGCCUUGGGCUUGCCGAUCAGAAGGUCAGCGGUUCAAAUCCCCGAGACAGGGUGAGCUCCCGUUGCUUGGUCCCUGCUCCUGCCAACCUAGCAGUUUGAAAGCCCAUCAAAGUGCAAGUACAUAAAUAGGUACCGCUCCGGCGGGAAGGUAAAUGGCGUUUCUGUGCGCUGCUCUGGUUCGCCAGAAGCGGCUUAGUCAUGCUGGCCACAUGACCCAGAAGCUGUCUGCAGACAAAUGCUGGCUCCUUGGCCAGAGUCAUCCGCCACUGGACCUAACGGUCAGCGGUACCUUUACCUUUUUAUAAAUAACAUUAUUAGCAAGCUUUCAAGCUUACCUGCUUCAUGUGAAUAAAUACGUAUUGCUGCCUCUCUGGGUUUUUUUGACCAUCAGGUUUUGCUAGGUAGAAAUGAAACGGAGGCCCAGGAAGGGUUCCUUUUCCUUCUCUCCACCCUAUCAAGUAGUAGUGGGCAAAUCUUUCUGGCGUGCACCUCAGUUGCUCAAGAAAGAUUUGGGAAAAGAAGAGUUUUAUUUUUUUAUUUAACGACACCUUUCUGCCAUCAACCCAAUCGUAUGGGUGGAGUAUAAAAAUAACAACAACAACAACAAUAAUAAUAAUUGUCAUCGUCAUGGAAUUCAAGGUGAGAUCUUUGUGGUUCCCAGUCAGUCUUCCAUCCAGACAGAUCCAGAGUUGUUUACUUUCUUUCAUCAAGGUGGCGGAUGCUCUGGGACAGAGCCCUGGGGCCAAUGAGAUUGAUGGGCAAAAAGUAGUGUAUUUGGAGAGAAAAGGGGUCAAGAUUUGGUGAGAAAGAAAAUCACUAAUUGCUUGUGGAAAUAUGGUUGUUUGUGUACCAUUAGAAUAUCUCAUAGUAGGAAGGUUGUUCAUAUUAACAAACUAACAAUGGAAGUUGUGUUUGUGUUUUUUAAAAAAAUUCUGGGUGUGUAUCCUUGUUUUCCCCAUUUGCUUCUUUCACAUUUUGUGUGUGUAUAAAACCAAAUUAUUGAUUGCUCCUUAGGUCCCUCGGAUUAUCUUGUGGUUGAUGGUGGAGCUGGCCAUUGUUGGCUCAGAUAUGCAAGAAGUCAUCGGCUCAGCAAUCGCCAUUCACCUCCUGUCUGUUGGGAUGUAAGUUGCCUUUUUGUCCUCUGCUUCUGGAGUGGUGUCACCAGUUGGUAUUCUGAACGAGGGAAAACAUGGCUUGUUUUCUUGCAGUGCCCUGUGUGUAAAGUGGAACUUCUGAUGGCUGGUCGAUAUAUGGAAAAAUAAUAAACAUGGCACAUCCCUGCUAGCACUGUCAAAAUUUCAGAAUGCAGUUGGGAAAGUCCAGAUGCUUGAAUGUACCUCCUUGUGAAAAAGAAACUCCCUUCAUGUAGAAACCUAGUUGUUGGCACCCGCCUGUCUCGAGAGACAAUGGAGUGCGCCUCUUAAGGGUGAAGUCAAACCACUGCAUUAGCAGCACCUCCCUGGGGUGCAAGCUUGGGCUGUGUGUAUGGAGGUCCUGGCUGCACAGACAACAAGACCCCCCUCUCGGUCUCACUGAUGUGGUCCAAAGGAAAGCCGAGCAAUAUGUUUGGCACCAGCUUGGCUGCAGGAUUACAUCACUGAGAAACCAAGGCUAGAACCGUUCGUCCUAACUUCCUCGUUUUCCUUAUUCGGGGAUGGUGCAAAUGGUUUGGGGAUGUGUCUUUUUCUUGGAUCCUGGAGAACAUUCAAGCAUAGGAUUCCACAAAUGCAUUAUUGAACCAGCCUAGUCCUUGGCCAGCUAUGUCCACACAACAUUUCUAAACCUUUGCAAUUCAGCUCACUGAUUUCUGCAGGAGAGAAGCUCUGACAAUGCAAAAUCAUUCCUCCCAUACGCUGUCUCCUCUUUGCUGCCACCAGCUCUCCCAUAAUGCAACCCCCUUACUUAGAAUAAACCAGGGGUAGGGAAUCUUUGGCCCUCCAGAAGUUGCUGGACUACAGCUCCCAUCAUCCCUAACCACUAGCCAACUUGGCCAGGGCUGAUGGGAAUGGGGAUCCAACCAGUUCUUGAUACCCCCAGGUUCCCCAACUCUGCUGCAAACCCUCAUCCUCCUGCCUCACCACUGCUUUGCCCUCCUAAUUUUAUUUUAAACAUUGAGUAAAUAAAUACACUGCAGAUGUGGGCAGUUAGAAUAAUAAUAAUAAUAAUAAUAAUAAUAAUAAUAAUAAUUUAUUUAUAUCCCGCCCUCCCCAGCCGAAGCCGGGCUCAGAGCGGCUAACAACAAUAAAACAGUAAACAGUGCAACACAACACUCUAAAAUCAUUUCAUUAUAAAAGUAGUUCAAAUCAAAUUGAUGGCAACCAUUGGGCCAGAGCUCCGCGAAGAUUGCCAAAGGAGGGAGUCAGGCUGUGCCCUGUCCAAAGGCCUGGUGGAACAGCUCUGUCUUGCAGGCCCUGCGGAAAGAUGUCAAGUCCCGCAGGACCCUAGUCUCUUGUGACAGAGCUUUCCACCAGAUCGGUGCCACAGCCGAAAAAGCCCUGGCUCUACUUGAGGCCAGCCUAAGCUCUCUGUGGCCUGGGACCUGCAAGAUGUUUUUGUUUGAAGACCAUAGGUUCCUCUGUGGGGCAUACCAGGAGAGGCGGUCCCGUAGGUACGAGGGUCCUAGGCUGUAUAGGGCUUUAAAGGUUAAAACCAGCACCUUAAACCUGAUCCUGUACUCCACCGGGAGCCAGUGCAGCUGGUAUAGCACCGGGUGAAUGUGAUCUCGCAGCGAGGACCCCAUAAGGAGUCUCGCCACAGCAUUCUGCACCUGCUGGAGAAACGAGAUCCGCUCAGGUUUUUUGGCAGAGCGUUUGAAAAAUAAACAAGCCUUUAUUUGCCAACAGUAACAGAGCAAAGCUGUACUCUGGCAAGCCUCUCGCAGCAUCAGAAUUGCUCAGCAAGGCCAGAAAUUCCCCAGGCAAAGGAAUUCAGUACCCCAGACUGGGAAUUCCAUUGCCAACGGAGCCCUUGUCUGCUGGGAAGCCUAGCACUGCACAGUCCCACAUAAGGGGUAUUUUGACACAAUACCGUCUGUUACGAGACCAUGUUUAUAAUCUAUUACACAUUUUAUGUUAAUGAUUUCUAGUCCUUAUGUGACAAAUCGCCACCGGCAAACUGAAAAACAAAUAAAUCUCAAACCUUUCCCUUGUCGGAAUGUUCAAACUUCUUGACAUUAUUUACCCUUUUUUCUGAGCCCUUUUCCUAUACUGGUUGCCACCUCUCAAACAGAAAAAUAGUCACAACUGUAUACUGUGUUCUAAAUGUCUUAUUGUUGAUAUUCUUCCGUUGUUCUGGAAGACUUCCAUCCUGAAGGGCAGGAUGCAGCGGCUAUAAAUUAAAUGGAACCGUGUGCCCCUUAUUUUAUACAAUGGCAUCUGAAGAAAGCACCAGAGCUCAGUGGGUAGAGCAAAGACUUUCCAUGCCGACGGGCGCAGGUUCAGUUCCUGGGACUGGGAAUGUCCCUUGCCUGAAACCCUGAGCAGCUGCUUCCAGCCAGUGUGGACAAUACUGAGCUAUAGGGACAAAUUGGUCUGACUCUAUAUAAGGCAGGGCUACCACAACAUUCUGAUAGUUGCCGUAUUUCUUCCAGUUCCUUUCUGCAUACUUCUUAACACUGAAUUUUCGUGUCAUUGUUAAGAAUUGCUAGGCAAUAUUUAAUUGCUUUUUUAAAAACAAUGGCUACUGUGGAGGGAAGAUAUGACCCUUGUUCGAAAGGCAUGGCACUGUCAUCCUGGCCCCACUCUCUUUCCCAUCCUGAAAGGGCAGCUGGUUUUCUAAAAUGCCCACAGGGUUCAGAGCUUAGCUGGGCAUAGCCAGUUGUAGCAAUCAGGCUGCUGUUAAGUUGCCCGUUUUUUUUCAUCACUGGGAAAACGCAGCGUUUCACCCCAUAAACUUUCAACAAACAUGCUUAGCGUUCCUUGUGACUUUCUCUUAUCUGAUUCCCUCCCCUUCCACGGCUGAAUGAGGCUUCCCAGGUUCUUUGCCUCUCAGUAGGCAAGUAUUUUGUCCACCUUUCCCAACACUUUAAAAACAGACUGUGAACAUAAAGGGGGAUUGGCCCCACUUGGUUUUCAGCCGAUGCACUUAGAACACCCUGAAACCUCCGUCGCCUGUUUUGUCUUCCCGCAGAAUCCCUUUGUGGGGCGGAGUUCUCAUCACAAUUGCUGACACCUUUAUGUUUCUCUUCCUGGACAAGUACGGUAAGCUCCUUUCUUAUAUAAGCGCUCCUCCUCCUGUCCUUAGUAAUCUGACGAGUGGAGCAAGAGCACUUUCGCAAUCAACUCUGAGUAGGCCCUGCUAUUCAUUGGGGCACGCUUGCGAAAUCCUGGAAAAGGGCUUUUGCUUGCGACUUGCUUUGCAAACACAGACUCCACAUUGGAGGCCCUGCUGGGAAUGAGGAUUGGAGCUCGUAGGGCUCUCCAGAUUGUAGGUGAAGUCUCGCAAUCCACUUUGCAAAAGCUGUGGAUUCCAGCGGCAUGAUGUCUUGCAUGGGAAACGGCUACUGAUUCAAAAUGAUUAAUUCCUUCUCAUGUGGCUUUCCUUGUUCUAUAGUAAUCAACUUCCUGGUUUGGUAUUGCCAUUCGCUCUUCCCUGCCUCACCUUCCGCCAAAGAACCAGCCUUUGUACAUGGCCUCUGAUGCUCUGUGGGCUGGUGGGCUUUGUAUCCCUGUGUACGCUUUUCAUGGAAAGAAGGCCCAUGGUAGACUUUCCUUUCGAGUAAAUGUCAUGGGAUUGGGCUGGAAAGAGUUUCCAUUUUGUGAUGCAGGUGUGCACCUGUCACUCAGUAUUAUGGAAUCCUUCUUGUCUGAGAGAGAAGCCGCAAUGCUUUUGCUGAGUUCUCUUCCCACACCAUCCCAAGUCUCUCUCUCUCUCUCUCUCUCUCUCUCUCUGUGUGUGUGUGUGUGUGUGUGUGUUGUGGGAAAAGUUCUGUACUUGGCUUAUGAAAAUUGCUGGUCUCUUCAUUGCUGGAGAUGCUGCAACACAGCUUUUCCUACCUGCCCUGCCCCCACCUCUUCAAUUGCCUAUUUUCCUUUUUCUUUUUUCAAACUUGUUAAAUUUUGAAAGACUUAAGGGGAGCGUUUGCCCAUGCUAGAAUUGGAAUUUGUUUCCGUUGCACCUCUGAAGCACAGGGGGGCACAUAUGGGUCUUUAGAAAUGAAGCGCCAGCAUGGUUCUCCUCUUCUUCCCCCACUGCCAGACCACUCGCUGGACCCUUUUGCUUCUUUAAAAUGAUUUGAAGACUGUCCACCCCACUCUCUCCUGAAUUAGUUACCCGUUCGUGUGUGGGCAUGCUUCAGUUGCAAACCGCUCUGUCCCUAUAGUACGGCUGAUCUUCUGUUCUAGCAAAAGAAUAUCGUUGUCCUGGGUGCUGGAAGAAGAUUGAAAAUAUAUCUUGACUGCUGAUCUAGUUGCAUCCUAACAGUUGUAUUCAAUGCACCACUUAAGUCGCUUGUUCCAUCAGUGCAAGGAUUUCUCUUUGCGCAAUGGAAGGGCCUCACACUGUGCUGGACAUUCAAGGCAUGCAUGCUAUUUUGUUGAAUGCCACCCCGGGAGAGCAACUUGUGCGGUGUGUAAAUGCGCACGGCGCUGCUUGACCUGAUGCCCAGUGUGAUGAGGUGAGGCACUGAGGAAAUGCUUUCACUAUUCUGGACCGUAUGAAAGGACUUUUGGCUCCCCAAGUAUCUCUUAAAAAGUGCAUGUGUGUCUUUUUCAGGCUUGAGGAAACUGGAAGCUUUUUUCGGGUUCCUGAUUACUAUUAUGGCCCUUACAUUUGGAUAUGAGGUAACAUUCCUUUUUAAUAUGUUGGGGUUUUGCAUUAGAGAUUAAAAAGUGACUUUUCCCAUUUAGGAUGUAACAAAACAUGUUGAACUAGAUGAUUCUAUGUGACAUCGUCUAGUGGUUUCACGUAAGUGUUGGUUACAUAGUCUGACUGGCCGUAGAAGUAGUCUUCAUAUUGUUUGGGAUGAGCUUGUGAUUUCCCACAGGGGUGAAAUUUGCAGCUUUGUGGUGGUGAUACAUUCACACCUUCCUUCAUAUUUAUUUUUAUUUUAUCAUGCUUAUAUCCCCUCCUUCCUCUCAAUGGAAGCACAGGGUGGCUAACAAUAUAAAAUCUUAGCAAUAAAGUAUUGUUAGAACUUCUCAUCAGAGCCAGAUAUGAAAACAAAACAGCAGCUGUGCAGUCAGCAAAAUCUGUUACACCCCAAGGGAACAGAUGAAUAGAUCUAAUGCGACCGUAGCUCUGUAUCAACAUGGCCAUGUAAGAGUGGGCUGAAAAGAGAGAUUUGCUGUCUUGGUCUUCCCCAACCCAGUGCACUCCAUGUGUUUUGGACUACAACUCCAAUCAGCCACAGCAAGCGUGGCCGUUGGUCAGGGUUAGUGGGAGUUGUGGUUCAGUAAAUGUCUGUGGAAGGCUGCACUGUAUGAGGAGGGGCAAAUACCUCGCGAGGGCAUUGCUGCAUUGGUCUAAAAGUAGACAUCUGUGUCUUGCCCAAGGCCGCUUGCGAUUCCAGCUGUGCUAAUGGCCAUCCUCUAUGUCCCUACAGUAUUUUAGGGUGGGACCAGACCAGGGCCAGUUGCUGAAAGGGAUGUUCAUGCCCUACUGUGAAGGCUGUGGCAUCCCUCAGCUAGAGCAAGCUGUUGGGAUCGUGGGUGCUGUCAUCAUGCCACACAACAUGUACUUGCAUUCUGCGCUGGUCAAGGUAAGCUUGGGACAUUGUUGUUUUUUGCCGAUUUUCACUUCAGUCUUUCCCCUCACAAUAGGGUUACCAGACGUUCUCGGGGACAGUCCCCGGAUUUGCAAAUCUGUCCCAGGACAAAUUCUGUCCCCAGAAUGUCCCCAGAUUUGCAAAUCUUUCCCUGGGAAACGUGGCAGUGGCAGCCUCAGCAGCCUGGAGCCAGCCUGGUAGCGCAGUUGGCUCUGGCUGGCUUCGGGAGCUGCUCUCUGCCGCCGCCACUGCCGAAGGGGAACCAGGGAUGUCCGGCAGUGCCGAUCUCCUGCCCCCUUCCCCCUUUGUUUUGACAGAUCGGGGGAGGCUUGGGAGUCAUGGGCAGGCGGGCGCUGCCCAGGAGGGGCGCAAGGCGCAUGGUUUCUCUGCCAGGCAAGGGGCAAAGCCCUUCUUUUGUACCCUGUGAAAUAUAAAUGUGCCGUUUUUUUAAAAAACUGGGCAACAGCCACCCACCCAUGACUCCCGAGCCUCCCCCGAUCAGUCAAACAAAGGAGGAAGGGGGCAGGAGAUCGGGGGAGGCUCAGGAGUCACGGGCAGGUGGCACGCUGUUGCCCAGUUUUUCAAAAACUCUGCGCAUUUAAGUUUCACAGGGUGCGCAAGAAGGGCUUUGCACCUUUAUACAAUAUGCAUGUGUGCUUGGGCCCAGGGUCUUUUGCCUCAACAUCCCCACUACUGAUUCUCUGUUGCUACUCAGCUUCAAAAAAAAAGUGUCCCCGGAUUCAUUGGGGGAAAAAACAAAUAACCAUACACUCACGAAUGCCACACAACGAAGUCACACUUGUGAAUCUUCGCACACUUGGCUUCUGAAGCGGCCGCCUGUUCUGUCACACAGUGGCACCACUGUUGCUUCCGUCUCGCACGCCUGUGUACACACGCUGGGAAAUCAAUCCUGUGGUGUAGUUAAAAUGGCUGCCUUUGCUUUACCGCUCGCUGUGCUAAAAUAAUAAUAAUGCUGGGAAAGCGGAGAAGAGGCCAAAGAUACUCUCACCACCCAGCAGUCAAAUUGUACCUACCAUUGAUGCCUUCAAAUCAGCCUCCUGUGAAAGGCAUUCAUCCAUGCACCACAACAACCGUGCGGCUGUUGGGAAGAAGCCACAGCUUCUCUCAUGGCACAGCCCCCUCUAGCUCAGCGGCCAGGAAGACAGCAGUUGCGACUUGUUACCAUAACCCUAGUUAGAGGGACGUGGGUGGCGCUGUGGUCUAAACCACCAAGCCUCUUGGGCUUGUCGAUCAGAAGGUCGGCGGUUCGAAUCCCCGCGACGGGGUGAGCUCCCGUUGCUUUGUCCCAGCUCCUGCCAACCUAGCAGUUCGAAAGCACACCAGGGCAAGUAGAUAAAUAGGUACUGCUGUGGCGGGACAGUAAACGGCGUUUCUGUGUGCUCUGGUUUCCGUCAUGGUGUUCCCUUGCGCCAGAAGCGGUUUAGUGAUGCUGGCCACAUGACCCAGAAAGCUGUCUGUGGACAAACGCCGGCUCCCUCGGCCUAAAAAGGGAGAUGAGUGUUGCACCCUCAUAGUCGCCUUUGUUUGGACUUAACCGUCCAGGGGUCCUUUACCUUUUACCUUUACCUUAACCCUAGUCUUGGUUGCCUGUUAUGUUGGCAGGAUACCACAGGGUUUGUUGCAGCCCGUGAUAGGUUUCUAAAAUCCAGUCACUCUCUUGAGAAGAGUGAACAGAGUUAACAGCCCUCUUUGGGAUAUUUUACAGCUUUAUAACCUUUAUAGUUUUCAGUGGUGUGUGUUUUCCCUUUAAAUUCACGUUCCUGUAUAAAAUGUGUUGUGGUUCCCAUCUUGAACUAAAAAAGGACCACAUCAGUAGUUCAUCUAGUCCAGCAUCCUUGUUCUCAUGGUAGCCAAGCAGAUGCAUAUGGGCUGCAUUAAGAAGUACCGUAUUUUUCGCUCCAUAGGGCGCACCGGACCAUAGGGCGCACCUACUUUUUAGGGGGGGAAAUCAAGAAAAAAAAUACUAUUUCCCCCCAGUCCCAAAGAGCAGCUUACAGGCUGCGCGCAACUUCUCCCUGCCGGAGGGGUUGCGCGCGGCCAUGGCACAAGCCAAGACAGUGAGUGUAGAAGAGGAGACCCUUCUGUUCCUCCUUUGGCUUCCAGGCAGGUGCGUGGCUGAAGGGGCGCUGCGCAGUUCUCCCUCCCUGCAAAGGAGAGGCGCUGCGCAGAGAGGGAGAACUAUGCAGCGCCCCUUCAAGCGAAGCUAGAGGAGGAACAGAAGGAGACCCUUCUGUUCCUUCUCCGGCUUUGCAGGACAGGCGCCUCGCUGCGAAGCUAGAGGCAGGUGCGUAGCUGAAGCCUUUGGAGCGCAGCGGGACUGCGCUGCGCCCAAGGCUCGGUCCUGGCUGAAGCCAGGAGGUCUUGCUCUCCGGCUCCUGAGGGAACCAAGCCCUCAGAGCGCAGCGCAAGGGCCGCUUCGCUCCAUGGCGCUGCACACAUUCCCCUGCAGUUCUGGAGGGACGUCCUAUAGAGCGAAAAAUACGGUACUUUCUUUUUCCACCUGCUCUGAAUCUUCCAGGAUUCAGCUUUCAUAGAUGAACCCAGGUUCUAGUAUUUUGUUGGGUAGGCCAAGGUGGAAAUUCCCAUACAUGAACCUUCUGUUCCGAAAGGCUGGGGUAGUCACAGGUGCAUUAUUGUACUGCGUGUAUCUGUGAGACCCUAGUACACAGCCUAGCCCACCUAACUAUUGACCUUCAAAAGAUGGGUGAAUAUUCAGACUUCGCAGAGGAUGCCACCUGUUGGCUUGGACAUGGCCUUGAAUAAACCUCUUCUUGCAGGCUGUGCUAACCUGUUCUCUUUCUGUCCAGUCUCGACAGGUGAAUCGGGCCAACAAGAAGGAGGUCAGUGAGGCCAACAAAUAUUUCUUCAUAGAAUCCUGCAUUGCCCUCUUCAUCUCCUUCAUUAUAAACGUCUUUGUCGUUUCGGUCUUUGCCCAAGCCUUCUUCGGAAAGACAAACAAAGACUUGGUGAGUCCCUAUUCUCUGUUUCUAUUCUGGUACACUUUCUUCCAUUUUAAGGCAUUCCCAGAAGGGAACAGGAUAUAUACCAGUAACUUGGCGUGACCCAAACUAAACCAAUAUUUGAAGCAUUUAUGUCGCACUCAUCUGUCAAAAAGCAUCCUUUGAGUGGAUGUGAAGAUCAGUAAUAAGGCAGGCCCCGCCCUGAAAGAGGAUCACACAAAAGCAAAUGCGAUUGGAGGGAAAAGAAGGGAGAAAGCCAAGCCCAGGCACUGAUUCCUGGUUACAAAAUACCUAUAAGACCUGUUGGAAACAGUUCAAGGAGAGUUGCUUGGAUCUCAAAAGAAUCAAUAGAGCGACCAUACAUAUGGGACCAGCACUGGUGACUGUGCCUGGCGAAUAUUUAAUAUUCCUACCUUCAUGGCUGUGAUUCGUGGGUUGGUCACUUAAUUCUAUUCUGAUUUUGAGCUGUGUUUUAAUCAAUUGUUUGAUUUUGUGUUUUUAAUGUAUUAUAUAUUUGGUGUUAGCCGUCCUGUGCCCGGCCUUGGCCAGGGAGGGCAGGGUAUAAAUAUAUUAUUAUUAUUAUUAUUAUUAUUAUUAUUAUUAUUAUUAUUAUUAUAUUACAUCCCAUUUCUCCUGCUGCAUCCUGAUGGAAUCUCCAAGCAUUUAUAUUUAUAUUUAUUAUAUUAUGUUAUAUUAUAUUACAUUACAUUACAUUACAUCAUAUCAUAUAUCAUAUCAUAUAUCAUAUCAUAUCAUAUCAUAUCCCAGCAAUAUGUUCCUUUCCUCAUACUUGGAUCGACUUUGUGAAAACGUAGUUUUUGAAACAUGUCAAAAUUUGUCUUUGCAGCAAGAAAUGUGUGCAAAUAAAACCUUUGCUCCACCUUCGUUGUUUCAAUCAAAUGGGACCCUGGAUGUCGAUAUCUAUAAAGGGGUGAGUAGGUCUUUGAACGGCCAUAUUCAUUUUUCUUGAGGUAGCAAGGGAAUAUUGGGCUUGGCUCAGAACCAUAUUUGAUCGUUUCAGCCCUUGCUCCCCCAAACAAAGUUGACUACAUUUAAAAUUCAUGAAGAAUCUUGCGUGUAGCCAAGGAAAGGUUGAAUCUAAUGUUAUGCAAGCAGACUUCCACUGGUGCAAUGGGACUUUCCCUCCUCCUCCCCCAUGCCCCCUUCCCAGCACACAUUUCAAAUCUUCCAGAGACACGCCCUGGAGCAGAUUUUCGGGGGUGCAGGAGGUCCCAUUGGAAUAGCAGAACACUCUAACAUUUAGCUUGUACAGUGUCUACAUUCUCUUUUAUCUCCUUCUAUUAUCACUUUUAAAAAGAGCAGUGAUAAGCACAGCUCUAUAAGGAUGCUGGCUAAAAGUCCAAAUUUAAAAGGUAAAGGACCCUUGAUCAUUAGGUCCAGUCGCGGACGACUCUGGGGUUGCGGCGCUCAUCUCGCUUUACUGGCCGAGGGAGCCGGCGUUUGUCCGCAGACAGCUUCCGGGUCAUGUGGCCAGCAUGACUAAGCCGCUUCUGGCGAAACCAGAGCAGCGCACGGAAACGCCUUUUACCUUCUCGCUGGAGUGGUACCUAUUUAUCUACUUGCACUUUGACGUGCUUUGGAACUGCUAGGUUGGCAGGAGCAGGGACCGAGCAACGGGCGCUCACCCCGUCAUGGGGAUUCGAACCACUGACCUUGCGAUCAGGCUCAGUGGUUUAGACCACAGUGCCACCCGCAUCAAAUUAAAAACCACCACAGUCCAAAUUAAAAACCAUCAUAACCUACCUCUGAAAAACACAAAUAUGCAGAGUCGUAAAAUGUUCCGUUUUGAAGACAGUGAACAAAUCUGCCUUAAAAAGGUAGGUUUAACAAGCUUCCGGAAGGAUGUUAAAGAGGUGCUAUCAAAGAUCUUGGGGAACCUGGUGGAGUACAUGCUGACACCCCCCCCCCCAAAAAAAAACCAACCCCACUUCAAACUGGAGACAAUGCUUUAUCAGGCAUUAGGGCAACAAUCCAUAUGUUGUCUGUAAAAAAAAACAAACAAACACCCUGCAAAAGUUUUGAUUUCAAUGUUUCAGCCAUUGUUUUUCCUCUGGAUUUAGCAGGGAAGGACAAAAGAGGAGAUGCAAAUAUUAGACAAGUUUGGGUCUCCCCUUCAUUGCUCUAGUGCAGGGGCCAGCAAACUUUUUCAGCAAGGGGCCGGCCCACUGUCCCUCAGACCUUGUGGGGGGCCAGACUGUAUUCUGGAGGGGGGGAAAUGAACGAGUUCCUUUGCCCCACAAAUAACCCAGAGAUGCAUUUUAAAUAAAAGGACACAUUCUACUCAUGUAAAAACACACUGAUUCCCGGAAUGUCUGCGGGCCAGAUUUAGAAGACGAUUGGGCCGGAUCCGGCCCCCGGGCCUUUGUUUGCCUACCAAUGGUCUAAUGUUCUGCAAACAACCUCAGGGAGGUUUUUUUAUUUCUGCUCCCAUCCAAAGCAAUAGUUGAAGCUCAUUGCUCUUGGGAAAAUGGAAAGUUGACAACGUAACUGUCAUUUGGCACUGGUGUAUUUAUGAAAAUUAAUGUAUGUGUGCAGUAGCCCUGACCUUCAAGUUCAUGUUCUGUUUGAGUAACUUGGCCAACCUCAUCUAAAUAGCGGUUUUAAUAAAAUGGCCCCCUUGCAUUAGAUCGCUGCCUUGGCAGCUCUAAAUUGUAAGUCUUUAUUUGCCCUCCCCACUCAGAAUUUUACUUUUACACAUCACUGACAAGAAUCCUUCUGUGUUCUAGGGUGUUGUUCUGGGUUGUUCUUUUGGCCCGGCUGCUCUCUACAUCUGGGCUAUCGGGAUUCUCGCUGCAGGUCAGAGUUCGACAAUGACGGGAACAUACUCUGGACAAUUUGUCAUGGAGGUAUUUCAUCUCUCUUCGGCCACGUUGGCUUAUGUUUGUCAACCAGGAACCUUUUUCCUUACUUGAGUGAGGAUGAGAUGAUGGAGAUGUCGCAACCUGGUCUGAACAGUUCAGUUACCUGUGGGUGUAUGCUUUCUGGUGUAUGCAAGCAAUUCUGGUGUAUGCAAGAAAAGCAGCGUGCAAUAACUUAGGCUGCUGUGUAGCAUCUUCAGAGCAGAUGCUGGGACUAAGAAAACAAACAACAAAACUUGUCUUAAUGGCAUUUUUUAAUACCUUUUUUUAAAAAUCAGACUUUGCAUGGCUUUCCAUUUAAAGGUAAAGGGACCCCUGACCAUUAGGUCCAGUCGUGGACGACUCUGGGGUUGCGGCGCUCAUCUCGCUUUAUUGGCCGAGGGAGCCGGUGUAUAGCUUACAUACAGAUUCCGGGUCAUACAUACAGAUUCCAGGUCAUGUGGCCAACAUGACUAAGCCACUUCUGGCAAACCAGAGCAGCGCAUGGAAAUGCCGUUUACCUUCCUGCCAAAGUGGUACCUAUUUAUCUACUUGCACUUUGACGUGCUUUCGAACUGUUAGGUUGGCAGGAGCUGGGACCGAGCAACGGAAGCUCACCCCGUUGCAGGGAUUUGAACCACUGACCUUCUCGUCGGCAAGCCCAAGAGGGUCAGUUGUUUAACCCACAGUGCCACCCACGUCCCGUGGUUUUCCAUUUAUGAUUAUAUAAAUAAAAAGGAUUAUUUUUUUAUUUAAAAAAAUCAUCAUGGAGUGAUGUUUAUGAAAAUGAAAGACACACAAAGGUAAACGAUGAUCAAGUGAGAGAAUACUGGAAGGUUGCGAGCGUAGAUUUGUGAAGGUUCUGAGCAUUAAGCUGAAAACUAGCUAGUUAACCUGAGAAUGUCUUCCUUGUACCCGUAUCCCACCCUACAAACUGUUGUUUGAUGACAUUUGAGCUCUGCUGGCUAUUCGGGUCAUUUGUCUCCCCAUUGCUUGUUUCAGGGGUUCCUCAAUCUGAAGUGGUCGCGCUUUGCUCGAGUGGUUUUGACUCGCUCCAUCGCCAUCACGCCCACCCUCCUGGUUGCCAUUUUCCAAGAUGUGGAACGCCUGACUGGCAUGAACGACUUCCUCAACGUUCUUAUGAGCCUGCAGGUGAGAGUCCUGAAGAAUAGUUGUGGGGGCACAUUUACUGGCCGCAGCGAAAUUUGCCCUCGGAAAGGCUUGGGAGGGAUGACGGGAUCCAGGUUCGACGCACUGGUUUUCAAAAGCAGGGAUUUGAAAUAAUAAAACCUAGCAGUCCAAUGAAAGGAAACUCAGCACAUACUGAGUUGGUUUAGCAGUCUAGGGCCCAUUUGUUUUCUACGUGGAAAGUCAGACCUGUGCAAUGCAGGUUAUUUCGUAUGCUAAAGGGGACAAGCCAUCACCCUCCAGAGAAAUAUCAUAGACUUGAGGGUGAGUUUUGUAAGGCCAGCUAGGAGGAAAUCCAGAGCUGGAAGCCCAAGUUUAGGAUACCUUCUUGAGCAAUAUCUCCCUCCCCCCUUUUUUUCUUCCUUUCCAGCUUCCUUUUGCAUUAAUUCCAGUCCUCACAUUCACCAGUUUGCGCCCUGUGAUGAAUGACUUCGCCAAUGGCCUGUAAGUAUGAAGAAUUGCAUGUGUAGCACAUCCUUGAGGGACCUGAGAAGGGUAAAAACUGAGAUGCAUAAUAUUGCUUCUGAGCAGACACUUCUCAGUACAGUGGUACCUUGGUUUACGAAUUUAUCCAUUCUGGAAGUCCAUUUACAAAUGGAACACACUCAACAGGAAGCGGAACAUUUUCUGCUUCCAAGGCAAAGUUCACAAACCAAAACACCUGCUUCCGGGUUUGCAGCGUUCUUAAUCCAAGCUGUUCAUAAACUAAGCUGUUCUUAAACCAAGGUGCCACUGUAUCUGGGAACUAUUGUCACUUGAGCAAGCCACUUUAAAUCUCAGCACCUGUAUGUAAUUCCGCAGCAAGUUGAGGCUUCACUUUAUUACUAUGAAGUGACACUCUUCACAUGAGCAUGGGACUGUGUGCGUGUGCAUGCAUGCACACAGUAUUUCUCUCCCCACCCUGUAAAUAAAAAAAGGGCAGGGACCCUCCCUCCAAUGUGUGGAGUGUGUUUUAUAGUCAGUAUGACCAGUGGAACCUGUAGCUUUGCAGCUUUUCUGUGGGAUGCCAGGACCACGUGUCCAUUUUAGUUUGCUGUACUCCUGGGCAACAUCUUUGUCUUUCGCCAGGCUGCUGUGUGCAACCACUGCUGCCACAGGUAACAAAAAAAAUCAACUUCCAGCACAUCACCAUAAAUACUUGAAAAGCAAUACAUGCAGUGACUUGCCAGUUGCCGAACCUUUUACACUUUUACACUAUAAUAAUUGCAGUAAAACUUUACACUUUUUUAUAUAUAUACAUACACACAAACACACACACACACACACACAAAAACACACACACAUACCUCAUCACUGCAGAUGGUGACAGCAGUCACAAAAUUAAAAGAUGCCUGCUUCUUGGGAGAAAAGCAAUGACAAACCUAGACAGCAUCUUCAGAAGCAGAGACAUCACCUUGCCAACAAAGGUCCGAAUAGUUAAAGCUAUGGUUUUCCCAGUAGUGAUGUAUGGAAGUGAGAGCUGGACCAUCAAGAAGGCUGAUCGCCGAAGAAUUGAUGCUUUUGAAUUAUGGUGCUGGAGGAGACUCUUGAGAGUCCCGUGGACUGCAAGAAGAUCAAACCUCUCCAUUCUGAAGGAAAUCGGCCCUGAGUGCUCACUGGAAGGACAGAUCCUGAAGCUGAGGCUCCAAUACUCUGGCCACCUCAUGAGAAGAGAAGACUCCCUGGAAAAGACCCUGAUGUUGGGAAAGAUUGAGGGCACAAGGAGAAGGGGACGACAGAGGAUGAGACGGUUGGACAGUGUUCUUGAAGCUACCAGCAUGAGUUUGACUAAACUGUGGGAGGCAGUGGAAGACAAGGAGUGCCUGGCGUGCUCUGGUCUGUGGGGUCACGAAGAGGCGGACACGACUAAACAACAACAACAACAACAACAGUAUAUAUAUAUAUAUACAUAUAUAUAUAUGUGCGCAUACACACACACACACACACACCCCUGUCUCUCUCUCUCUCUCUCUCUCUCUCUCACACACACACACACACACAUACAGGGUGAGUCCUUUAAAAGAGGUUCCGUGGAUACAGAAUACACAUGUUGCACGGGGCCCCUUUUAAAAGACUCAUCCUGUAUGUAUUUACAAUACACAGGAACACACUUGGGUUGCUCUUCCACAUCAGUUUCCCCUGUCCCUACACUGCAGAGUCCCAUCCUGUAGGCUUCUAGGGUAUGAGGUGGUUUCUGUAAAUGUGGUCACAUGACUUUAUUUUUGUGAGCCUUUUUUGGGUGGGGGGUGGGGUUGAGUAUUAAGCCUAUUCUGUUGCACUUCUCAACCAUUCCGCAUAGCUGCAAGUCAUUCCCAAUUCAUCUCCUCCCGCUAUAAUAAUCGUUUCUUAAUUUGACUUUUAGGGCCUGGAAGAUCGCUGGGGGAAUUCUCAUUCUUAUCAUCUGCGCCAUCAACAUGUACUUUGUGGUGUCGUAUGUAACUGGCCUGGGACAAACCCUCUAUUAUGUGAUUGCUUCACUUCUCAGCAUUGUCUACCUAGCCUUUGUGGCAUAUUUGGUAAGUUAAUAGUGGGUUUGCAUCGUUGUUGUUGUUGUUGUUGUUGUUGUUGUUGUUGUUGUUGUUUUAAGUCUUUAAAAAGGAAAACAACAACAGCAUCUUACUAGGAAGCAUGACUUUCUUCCCCCACCUGGUCCGGAGAUGUUUUUUUUGAAAUCUAUGGCGUUUGCCAGGCAAUUCUAUUCCAGCACACUGGGAAACUGCCAGAUGUCAGAGGGCAAAUGGGCAAAUUUAGCAGGGGAUCAAAUACCGUAUUUUUUGCUCUAUAAGACUCACUUUUUCCCUCCUAAGGGAAAGGGGGAAUGUGUGUGCGUCUUAUGGAGCGAAUGCAGGCUGCGCAGCUAUCCCAGAAGCCAGAACAGCAAGAGGGAUUGCUGCUUUCACUGCGCAGCGAUCCCUCUUGCUGUUCUGGCUUCUGAGAUUCAGAUUAUUUUUUUUCCUUGUUUUCCUCCUCCAAAAACUAGGUGCGUCUUGUGGUCUGGUGCGUCUUAUAGAGCGAAAAAUACGGUACUUUCCCCCCUCACUGUGUAGGUGUCUUAAUGCAGAGUUCUUCCCUCUGCCAUCCCAGCACAUAGCAGUUUCUGUAUCUGCAUCAUUUCCCACUUAAAAAUAACCUUAUCUAGGGAAAAUGAGAUGGAUUGCCCAGUAAAUUAGAAGUUUGUACCUCAGGCUACCUGAUAGCGUUCUCACUGACUUACUUCGAAAACAGCGGGUGUAUUUUCAAAAACGGUUGUUCUUCCCAGAACAAAACAACAACCUUGUGUGUGUGUCCCCUCUCAAAUGUCUCUCUUUAAAAACCAGCUGCCAUCAUUGAAUCCCAGGAUGUGACUAUGCAAAUGAAGGGGGGGCUAUGCAGAUAGCACUAAACCCACUUCCUUUUUUUUAAAUAAAGUUUUUUAUUGAUACAAGAAAGAAAGAAAAAACACAAAUACCAAAUUACACACAAGAAUAACCAUACACAUAAUUUUCUUAGCAAACAAUAAAACAUCUAUUGAUCUUAACACUAAAGACCCAACCUCCCAUCUAUUCCAUAUUUCAAAUUCAUAUUACUUAUUGCCAAUACACACUUUUAUAAUAAUUAAACUUAUUCUUAAUAAAUCUAAUUUCUUAUAUCUACCUUGCAACUAUUACUGAAGUUCCUCAAAUGCUGCAACAGAAUUUAAACUACUAUAUUUAUUUUUCAGAUAUUCUUUGAAAACCUCCCAUUUUGAAACAAAUUCCUGUUUUGAUUUAUUCUUUAUUUUUUCUGAUAAACCAUCUUAAUUCGGCAUAUUCUGUCAGCUAGCACUAAACCCAGAUAGCAGAUAGCCCUAAACCCAGUUCUAAAUGGCUCCCACAAGGUUUAUAGAAAAGAUUGACACUGUUUGCAGUUGAGCAAGGAGGGAAGAGAUUCGUCUCCUGCCUCAGACACUGGGGUCACGGGUGACAAGGAGCUGGUUUAGCUCCCAACAUGGUAUUUCAGAAUCUACACUUUAACUUUCUCCCUUAUAUGUGGAUGGAUCCUGAGGCAUUAAAAUCGUGUUGCAGGCUAGCCUGACCCUCCUUGAUGGUAAUCCUGGCGUGGACCAAGUGUGUGUCUGUGCACAGGUUUCGCUGCAUCCCUAGAAGAUGCACAAUUCAAAGUGUUGGUGCUGACCUUUAAAGCCCUAAAGGGCCUCGGCCCAGUAUACCUGAAGGAACGUCUCCACCCCCAUCGUUCAGCCCGGACACUGAGGUCCAGUCUGAGGGCCUUCUGGUGGUUCCCUCACUGAGAGAAGUGAAGUUGCAGGGAACCAGGCAGAGGGACUUCUCGGUGGUGGCGCCCACCCUGUGGAACGCCCUCCCAUCAGAUGUCAAGGAAAUAAACAACUACAGUGGUACCUCGGGUUAAGUACUUAAUUCGUUCCGGCGGUCCGUUCUUAACCUGAAACUGUUCUUAACCUGAAGCACCACUUUAGCUAAUGGGGCCUCCUGCUGCCGGAGCCCGAUUUCUGUUCUUAUCCUGAAGCAAAAUUCUUAACCCGAAGCACUAUUUCUGGGUUAACGGAGUAUGUAACCUGAAGCGUAUGUAACCUGAGUUACCACUGUAUCUGACUUUUAGAAGACAUCUGAAGGCAGCUCUGUUUAGGGAAGUUUUUAAUGUUUGAUGUUUUGUUAUUCUGUUGGGAGCUGCCCAGAUUGGCUGGGGAAACCCAGCCAGAUGGGUGGGGUAUUAUUAUUACUACUACUACUACCCUUGUAAAUACAAUGCCUCCUUGCACUUGCACCUUUUCCUACUCAGUUUCCCCCUGAGUCAACAGCCUAAAAUACUUGGGCUCAGGGAUGGUCUACUUUUCUCUGUGUCCUUUUGCAAAUGUUAUGGGCUGACUGAGAGCAACCUGUUUUCACUCUUAUUUUACAUAUUUAAAGCAAGGGUGGAUGCAUAGCCAUACCUUUUGAAUGUCGUCCUACACAAUCUCCUCUCACGUACUAGAUAGCAGGGGGAAUUUGGCCCCUUUUAAACAACAUAAAUCUGCCCUUUAUGUCAUUUUGAAGCUAUGUUUUGAAAUGCCUUCUCCAGAGUGAAACUCUGAAUUUCUCCAUAGCAUAUUGCCUGCACAUUUUGCUUCAUAACUUUCACUCUAAAGGGGCUAGAGACUUAAAACAAAAAAAUAUAUAUGAAAGCUUACAGUCGUUGCUUUCUGAGCCUAGUUCAGCCAUAACUCCCUCUUAGUGGCUCUGACCAUAGGCACCAUUUUAGCAAAAGCAUUUCUUCUUGCUUAUAAGAGAGGGCAUGACCUCGUCUAAGGAGCUGCUGGCCCUGGCGCAUAUGUGCAUCAUGUUAAAGGGAAUUGUUUGUUGUUGUUCUUCUGAAGUAUUCUUCUGACUUGCAGUGAUGCACAUUUAAUUGGAUUAAAACUCCUAGAAUCGCUCAGCUAAGAUUUCUUUAGUCGGGUUAACUAGAUCUGCCUCUUGGCAUGCAAUGGCAGCAACUGUUGUGUGACACAUUUUUCUCUUGGCUCCCCUCACAAUGUGUUCUUAGGGUGGAAUUGCACAGCCCCCUUCACGUUUUGAAACUGUGUAGAGGGCUGCUGUUUUGCUGAGGCAUUGGGAAGUUGGGGCAGGGGUGUGACCCUAGGUGGUUUUCAACUAAAGUUUACUUAGAGUAGUGACUAAGUUAGGCCGGACCCUGAGAUCAUCUUCUGAGGCGCUCCUUCGUGUACCUCCUCCUCGAGAGCUCUGGAGGGUGGCAACAUGAGAACGGGGCCUUCUCUGCAGUGGCUCCCUGUCUGUGGAAUGCUCUCCCCAGGGAAGUUCGCCUGGCGCCUUCAUAAUACACCUUUCAGCACCAGGCAAAAACGUUCCUCUUUAACCAGGCCUUUGACUGACCUAAUCAACAUCCUAUACCCUUUAAAAUGUGACACUUGGGGGGGGCGUGUCGGAUUAUUGUUUUUAUUUUAUUUUAUAUAUUGCGAUUUUUGUUUGUGAACCAUCCUGAGACCUCUGGGUAUAGGUAAAGGUAAAGGGACCCCUAACCAUUAGGUGCAGUCCUGGCCGACUCUGGGGUUGCAGCGCUCAUCUCACUUUACUGGCCAAGGGAGCCGGCGUACAGCUUCCAGGUCAUGUGGCCAGCAUGACUAAGCCGCUUCUGGCGAAGCAGAGCAGCGCACGGAAAUGCCGUUUACCUUCCCGCCGGAGUGGUACCUAUUUAUCUACUUGCACUUUGAUGUGCUUUCGAACUGCUAGGUUGGCAGGAGCUGGGACAGAGCAACGGGAGCUCACCCUGUCGCGGGGAUUCGAACCACCGACCUUCUGAUCGGCAAGUCCUAGGCUCUGUGGUUUAACCCACAGUGCCACCCAUGUCCCUUUCCGGGUAUAGGGUGGUAUAUAAAUUCAAUAAAUGAAAUGACCCACUCUGGGGUAUAUCCAAGACUGGUCCUACUCAGAGCAGACCAUUUCAAAUUAAUAGAUAUAAUUCAGGUCCAUUUAUUUCAAUGGCCCUACUCUCCCAGUGAAAUUAAUAGACCUGAGACCUAUGAUCACACGGGAACAAUGCACUGUUUUCUUUGUAGUGGCUAAAAUACUUUGUGGUGGGACUGUCUUUUUAAGUAAACCUACAAUUGAUUUGGGAUUCUGCUUCUCUCCUCCAGACUUGGCUGUGCCUAAUAGCUCUCGGAGCCUCCUUCCUGGCCUGUGGUCGCACGGUAAGAGUCACGAGAACGUUGCUUAUUGAAGAGCCGGCUUCGUCUCCAAUUAAUUAAAUACUGGGUCUGUCUGUACGCAACAGGGAGCCAUCAGGGCCAGUGUGUUUCUAUGGUUUACUCUGUGAACAUAUCCAAAUGUAUGUGCGCUUUUGCACAAAGUUAAGAUUGUGGUAAUGGUGUUAAAAAACAAUAAUUGUGGUUGUACAUAUUGAGAAAUACUCGGGUUCUUUUCCUUGCUGUCCCCCAACAAUCACACUCUAAAGAACAAACGAACAAAAAUUCUCAUUGCUUCCGUUGUAGCAUUAGAUUCUCAGUGUGAGAAUGCAAACACUAAAAUGUUUUCGACUUUAACCAAGGGACUAAUGCCAUAUUCUAACUGGGAUUCGUUCAAUUAAUGGCAAUCGUGUCUUUUAAAAACCCGUGUUUGAAAGGCGUAAAAUUAAAUGACGUGAUUGCACUUGAAUAGAAUAGACCCUAAUGAGUCUUGCUAGUGUCGGCAGCUGGAAUGCAAGGUAAAGGCUAACAUUAUUCAGUGCUAAGGAAUGCAUCUUUAUUCUGGACUGUGCUUCAGGAUGCAGGUAAAUCCCCAUGGGCAGGAAGCAGGGGAGAAUCUCCCUGCAUGUUGGGAAAUAGCAUCAGAAACGUUAUGCUGAAUCUUUCUUCCUGUGAAGCUGGCUUUCUGCAGGCAGGCAGCACCCCCACAGCUGAGCAUUCAGGCCCUCUAUCUGGAACCCAAAAUAGUGCAGUUUGAUUAAAGUAUUGUCCGUGAAUUCUGCUAAAUGUAGAAGCUGGCAAGCGAAUUAGUCUCCUGUCCAGUUGAUUAAUGUUGGCUGACCGCUGCUUCUGAUAACGAUUAAAGGCAGGUGUAAGUUAGUGAUGCUGAGGCUGUUUCUGAAUUCUUUAUGAAAGAGAGCCUUGCAAAGCUGAGAACUUAUUUUGGAAGGACUACAAGCCACUUCUGAAAGUACAAUACUAGUGAACGUACUAGUGCCUGCCAGAUGGCCAGAGUAUCAUCUUCUGCAGGGCUACUGUCAAAAUAAAUCACACAAAUAGAGUGGCUGCACAUUUUGGCUGAGAAGCAGGUAGAAAGGCUGCCUGGCCUGGUCAUUUAAUUGUUGGUCUUCACUAGAGGCUUGCUUUCCAGCUAAAGAGAUGGGCACAUGUAUCAUGUGCUCUGGAACUUUAUUUCUCUUAAGCAACUGUCCCAACUUCCCCCAAAUGGCUUUCUUGGUACUCUUCAGUGUAAAAGCUAGAUCACAGUUAAAGAGAGGAAAUCCACAAUUUUUGUAUAGAUUUCUCCCUUUCCUGUCUCCAUUGGAGUUCUCCGUUAGAGAACUCUCAAUUAUUAGCUUUUUCUUAAACAAAAGAACAACUGCUAAAAAUUAAAACUGGGCCUGUACAUUAAAAAGUGUUAAUUAACUUGCUUAGUGUGCAAUUCUGGUGGUCAGCAAUGGGGAAAUAAUUUUGCAUUCAAUGUUUACAAGUUUUUACUGUUUGUUUUGUGACUAAUUGUUAUUAAGACAGUGAAGUGAUGUCCAUAUUUCCUGUAACUCUUUGUGUCAUGAAUGUUAGGGUUAAAAUGAAGGUUUCGGCAUCUGUUGGAGGAAAAUACUUAAGUAUGAAUACUUGAAUCCUCUUUCUAGCCAGGAGUCUCCAACUAUCACAAACAUAUAUUUUUUUAAAAACAAAACAUAGUUAACCUGGUGUAAUUAUUCCAGUUACUCCUUCCUUCAUCUUAAAUGGUUUUUCUGUAUUUCUUUUUGUUGCUUCAUUUCCUUUUAACAGUCUUCAGGGUAGCAUUGCAAAAUCCUCCCCUUUUGGCAUUACAACAUUGAGAUAGAUACUAAGAAAGGGCUAAUUAUAGUAUUAAUAACGUUAAUAAUUGCAUCACUGAGCUAUGUGUAGGUAUAAUGAUGAAUGGUUUUUACCUCAUGGAAUAUGUUUCAUAUAUUCCUCCUGGAAUAUCGUUCAGAGAUGCAUGUGUCUGUCAUCUGUUAAAUAGAAUUCAGAGUGACUUGCUAAGGUUGCAGCGUGGUCUGAAAAGCCCCAAUACAGAACAUAGUAGCACAUUGUGAAACGAGCUCCACAGAAAUUCAGAGACAAUUCCACUACCUCCGUAUUCUGUUUCAUUUGGGAAAUGGUAAACAUUUAGAUUCCCAAAUAUAUUUCUGUUCUUAAAAGAAAAACCUGAGGGAGUCCUUGAGAUUUGCCUCAACAGGACUUGCUUGCAAAUAUUGUCAUUGGUCUCAAAUGUUACCCUUAUCUUGUGAAACUGAUAAGUAUACUGGUUUCGCUGGACUAGAAUUUGGGCUAAGGUAGCUUUAUUGCAUCUACUUCAUCAGCUGCGUUUCAGGUCCAAAAACAAAACAGCUUUGGAUGGGUUCCAAUUUUAAUACUUUUCUUGCAUGUAUUGUGAGGCUAACCACCCACUUGGCUUGAAGAGGGCUACCCAUAAUCACUAGAAGGUAGGAAUCAGAACUGGUCAUAACUUGACCAAUGUCCCCACCCCACAAAGACAUUUGACAUUCUCACACAAUCCUUCAUGUGUGUUUCUCUUUUAAAAACACUAACGGUACAUCUUGACUUGAAAUGCCCUAAUUUUUCCAAUCGUCACCGGAAGCCAGACUGUCUGAGUGUCUUCAGGAUUCAUCCUCCAAUUUUUCUGUACCAUUUUUAACGUGAUCAUUAUCGUUUUGCUCCCUGGGUAUUGAUAAGAUUUAACGGGUUGAAUAAUAACUUUAUAUCAGCGUUAACCUAUGCCCUGUUUUUGACAAAUGUCAAAGGUUGCAUUCCAGGGCAUAGUUAAACAUGCUCAAAUCCUUUUAAAACUGGUCAGCCUAACGGAUGCUUUGUUCUGUGCUUGAGCAUUAAUCCAAGGCUAUAAUAGCCUACUGGCCCACAUACGAUGGGGGGACGGAUGGACUUUCUAUUGCUGCUUCAAGGUGCACCUAAAUUUCAAAUGUAGAGGAAAAAUACAAUUAAACUAUUUUCAGUUAGUGUGGGAGCAUCCAGUUCUGCUCAAGAUCUAGACAAUACAUUUUUGUCUCAUGUGCACUUGUGGGAAAAAAUGAAUGGCAGCUGUGAGGAUCUUUUGCUUAAGAGAAGGUGACAUUGCAUGUAUUCUGAGACUUUCAAGUUGGCUAGAAUCUUUCCUUCUGCCUACAACUGUAUGUAGUGCCAUAAAGGUGACAAAAUGACAUUGCAUCGUAGGCAUGGCAUGAUGCCAAGAGGGUACCUAGCUUUCCCCCACUCAACACUAACAUAGCCUGAUACACUCCAAUACUUUUGGACUACAACUCCCAGAAUCCUCUACCAGCAUGGGAUGGGGAAAGGCUGCACUCAAGGCCAGUUGGUGUUUGGUAUGUGUAGUUUUCCUUAAGAAAAGAUGUCCUUGCCUGCAGUAGAGAAGGACCUCUGAAAUCCAGGGUUUAAGUUGGCCAUACACUUGAGAGGUGUGGUUCCUACUGGGCCGUGCUGCUGUUUUAUCUUCAUUCACUACAGAGAGGCUCUGAUCAUUCCUUUUUGCUGCAACAAAGCUGCUAAAUUUUGAAUUGCUAUUUAUCUGACCAUCUCAAGUCUCCCGGUUUUAUUUGUACUAGCUUAACCUAUCUGACUGCUCGUUUUUGCUGUAUUUCAAUAAACUUGGUGAACAUUUCCCCAGCUCAGAAGCAGGCAUUAUUUUAACAGUUUUGUUUUGCAAACUCGGAGAGUGCGUCUGGCAUUUUCUAUGUGGACUUUGCAGAAUUACUUGAAAUGCUUUGUACACUCCAUGGGCAAAUUGCUUUCCAGGUUUUUCAGUAGCAGAAUAGUUUACACUAUUGGGGAGUUGCAUGGUUAUAAAAUGGCCAGCGGCCUUCAGCAGCUGUAAUUUUUUCUUCGGUGCACUUUAACAUUGUAAAUUCUCAGAAGAAAGAUAGACAAGCCUGCCUCUUGGGAUGUCAGUUUCUGUCUGACACCGUUUUGAACAUGGUACAAGAUUCUGAAAAUCGUAGCUAUGUAGCAGUCUUAAAGCAUCCGUGCUACACAGUUUGGGUUGUAAAAUCUAUGAAACAAAUGUCUAUUUUUUCUAGUAUAAAUCAGUCUGUAUAAAUGAUAAUUUAAAUUAAAAGAAUGGAACAUUUUCCAACUUGGGUGUCUUUCUUUUCUGCUUAAAUUAACCUCACGAAGGUUGUAUUAUUUGGGUAUUAUUUGACAUAUCAAGCACACGAUGAUUAUUAUUAUUUGUAAAAUGCGCCCAGAUGUGGAAUGUGGGCAGUGUUCUCCCUUCCUGCCCUGUCCCCCAGUUCAUUUGAGCAUUGAAGGAUUCUGCACCCACAUCUGCAAAGCACACCCUGCCGUUGAAUGGAAUACCCUCCUGUCUUGCAUAGAGAUCCAUGCAGACAUCAAAACCUUUGUGAUGCUUUGCAUUGCCAUUGUAGGCUGCAAUCGGUGAUUCUGGCACAAGGCGAUGUUCAGUUUGCCGCUUUGGGGAGGUAAAGAUUCAAAGUGGCAAGCCAUUGAGGAACUGACGGUAGGAACAUUCCUGUUGGCUGGCUGCAAGAAAUAAUGGCAGUGGUCAGGAAUAAUUAAACCUGAAUAGCAUAACUAUUUCCUAACCAGAUCAGGUUUUAAGUUCCAUGUAGCUUUCCUGGCUAAUAGCUGUUGUUGGCAAAUUUGGGAAGGAUAGGUCAAAUACAUUUUUGAAAACCAGCUGAUCUGUUAUGGAGAAAGUUAAGGGGGUGGGGUCUGUUCUCAAAGGGUUCUGUGACCCCCCCCAAAAAAACACCAAGAACUGCUCUGCAGAGACUUCUGCAGUUCAUAAAACAUGAGUCAUUUGCUCAGGUUUCAUACUUAUAUGAGUCGAAAGCAGCUUAUUAACAAAGGAGAGGGGGAAUUCUGGGUCAGAUUAAGACCCGGUUGAGUCCUCUGCUCACAAUUUCUAUAUUUUAGAUCAUUUAUUUCUGUUGGUGUUUCCUGCAUCAUCUGUGUAUGUCACAAUCCACAGUGCAAAUUAGCUAUUAAAAAUAUUUCUAGUAGCAGUUUCCUAUUAACACAACAAAUCAAAUGUCAACUGAUCCGUGGUCAGUGGAGCAGCCUUCAAAUGAGUACUGCUGAGUUGGCAAAAUCCUUUCUAGUGCUCUGUGGGCCAACAUUACCUGCAGAUUAAAGCUUUUGGAUAAAACAGAUUCAACUCUGACAUGCUAUAGAAAUGUUAUCUUUCCCCCUUUUAUUACAAGCUCUCCUUACCAGCUUUAAGGGAAGUGGAAGGUGUAAGUAAUUUUGCUUCGCUAAGAAACUUGCAGUUUAAAUGUCCUACAAUGUUUAAAACAAGCAAUAUGUUUUUAUGUAAACUCUUGAGACGCUAUACGGUAAGUUUCAGUCUGUUGGAAACCGUUGGUCAUCCUGUCCUUUUGAUUCAUACCUUUAUAUAAACAGUUUAAACUAUUCUCAAAGUCUUAAUGGGAUUAGCAGACUUUGCAUGUAGAGAUUUUUACGGUGUGUAUUAGCGUGAAAUGGCUUUUAAAAGUCAGUGGACUUCAAAAUCAAAUUGGUGACACUUUAUCAAUCUUGCGUAGUUUUGGCAAGUUAGAUACAAAACAUUGUUAGUAAAAACCAGAACAAUUGCCUGGAUUAUUUUUUGUGCCACUUACAGAACUGGCUCCCCCAAACGCGGCCCUCCAGAUGUUUUGGGACUACAACUCCCAUCAUCCCUAUCUAACAGGACCAGUGGUCAGGGAUGAUGGGAACUGUAGCCCCAAAACAUCUAGAGGGCCGAGUUUGGGGAUGGCUGUUACAGAAGAUACCAUUGCCCUCCAUUAAGUGUUACUUUUUAAUUUUUAUUUAUUUAUUACAUUUGUAUAUUGCCCUUCAUCCUUCGAUCUCAGGGUGGUUCACAACAUAAAAAUACAAUACAUUUAUUUAAGACAUGUAAAUAAUGCACAUGUGUCUUUUUCAGUAUCAUUAAAGUCAGGAAGCCAAAAUGAACCCAAAGGCAAUCUUUGGACAAUCACAUCUCUGCUUACUAAGCUGAGAUAUGGCCAAGCCUUUUGCCUGUUCACAAAGCCCCUUUGUGUGAUCCAUGAAAUUUCUAAUCAGCUAGAGUUUCCCGUUUCAUCCAGCCUGAGAAACUGUGAUUACUAGCUCUGGAGCAAGCCAGCAUUUUCAGCCAGUAUUUGAAGUUGCUUUAAUUCCCUGACUCCUUAUGAAGCUGGCAACGAUACUUUCCCAAUUUGAUUAAAAUGGGAAAUAAUAGUAUAUUGGACUUGCUGUCUAAUAGUGGCUUGCCAGAAGAGGCUGCAUGUUCAUAUGAAUGCAAGAGAUUCAUUCAUAACUGAGCUUACUAAGCCGAGAUGUGAUCAGCUGAACCAGGAAAUUCACAUAUCUCAAGAUACAACAUAGAGCCACCAAGAUCCAAACGUAUUUUCUAGAAGAAAUGCUGACAAGGUUUCAGUCGUUAUUGUUGUGGCUCCAGCAGCAAAUCACAAUGUCAACUUUCACUGAAACUGCACAACUUCCAGUUAGCAGGAACCGCCUGAUGCCACGUGGAAUUCCUAGCAAUACUGCUUCCAUCUAGGCAGUUAUAUGUGCCACGUAUGAACAUAGUCGCCUUAGAAGUGCACAACUAUUCUGCCACAUGUAGGCCCCUUUUGACUCCUUACACUACAGCAACUACCUUCAGAAACAUAUGGGUUGUAUCCAGUGCUGCCAUUCUACUCAUGCAAUGGAACUUACCCCAUGCACGCCCAAAAUACAGCUCUAUAUUUUUCCAGCACACAGGUGAUGCCAUGUAAGAAAUUAGUAAGAUUGUGGGGGAGAGGGUUGUUUAGCUUUUUGUGGCACUAUUGGAUCUAUAACUGGCUGAAAUAUUACGUCUCGAGACCCCAGUUCAGUUCCAUGAUUCUAAAAACCCCAUGAAACAUGUUCUGUCCUGAUCUAGCCAGCCUGCCCCCAAAAGAUCUUCCUACUUCUUCACUGGAGAGAGCAGAGACACGUGCCCCAAAGAAAAUGCAUCCCACAGAUCUUCCAUUGAAAUAUUUGAGGAAACACAACUCUUCCCCAUACCGCUCGCUGAAUUGGUGUAAUCAUCACCCAGGGAAAGGAAAAGCAAAGAGAACCAAAGUAUAAGCACCAACUGUUCACUCCUCCAAAUUGUUGUCGUCCUUAAACACAUCCUCUCUGAAUAAACCGAGAAGAAAGGGUCUCUGAGUGUAACUUAGAGAAGGGAAAAAGGGGACUACCAUUCUGGUGCUGAGACGGGGGCACAGAAGGGUCAAUGACAUUAAAACAACAAAGGGUUUGGCGUUACCUUAAAGAAUUGUAGUGUAGUAUGAGCUUUCAUGAGCCAAUCCCUACGCUGUGAGAUUAGCAAAGAGGAUAAGUAUACUCUAAGGACAAAGAGAAGGGGCUGAGUAGUUCCUUUAAUACAAAGUGAUGCCAGAAGGCCAAGCGAUGGAAGAGAGAGCAGUAGGAUUGUCACACGCAGAUCCCUCACUUGCACAACAUACAUUCAGAUGCUCAAAGAUCUGGUUAGUAUGGGCAUAAUGAUGCCCAGCGAACAGUCCCUGGUACAGUGGUACCUCGGGUUAAGUACUUAAUUUGGUCCAGAGGUCCGUUCUUAACCUGAAACUGUUCUUAACCUGAAGCACCACUUUAGCUAAUGGGGCCUCCCGCUUGUGCCGCCGCCAAUCACUUUCUGUUCUCAUCCUGAAGCAAAAUUCUUAACCUGGGAUACUAUUUCAGGGUUGGCGGAGUCUGUAACCUGAAGCGUCUGCAACCCAAGGUACUACUGUAAUGGGAUAUGCAUCAGUGGUAUGAAGAAACACAAUGGCUGGCUUUCAACAUUGCUUUCUCCAGUCACUACAUGCCUCUUCUCAAGUGGUGGUACUUUAAUGACGUCUUCAGCGUUGAGGCUCGUGAGACGGAGAGCUUUUGAGAAAUCCAACCAGAUCUUUUAUCAGUAACAACAUCCUAUUACUCUAAAUUUGAGCCACUCCAUGUAACGUGAUUUCAUCCAUAUAAACUGCACCAUAUCCCAUAAAGCAACUGAAAACCACACCUACCUGCAGCUACUAUCCAGAGUGCAUCCCCCACACAACUGUAUACAGCUAAGAUUAUGGUGGGACACGGUUAGAGCUGUGGUCUAAACCACAGAGCCUAGGGCUUGCCGAUCGGAAGGUCGGCGGUUCAAAUCCCCGUGACGGGGUGAGCUCCCGUUGCUCGGUCCCAGCUCCUGCCAACCUAGCAGUUUGAAGUGCAAGUAGAUAAAUAGGUACCACACUGGCGGGAAGGUAAACGGUGUUUCCGUGUGCUGCUCUGGUUUGCCAGAAGUGUCUUAGUCAUGCUGGCCACAUGACCCAGAAGCCGUCUGUGGACAAACGGUGGCUCCCUCAGCCACUAAAGCGAGAUGAGCGCCGCAACUCCAGAGUCAUCAGCAACUGGACUUAACGGUCAGGGGUCCCUUUACCUUUACCUAAGAUUAUGGUAUAGUCACAUCUGCUCCCAAUCUUUUGGGCAAAGACAAACAAUUGCCCCAAACAGUUGCAUCAGGCAUCCUUUUAAAAACUACAAUAUUUGUUUAGCAAAGUGAGGAAACCACUCUGUAAAGUCGGGUAGUUUCCCAAUGAGUCACUUGCUACAGAACACAGCAAUAGAAAUUCUCUUGUUACCUUCAGCUCUCAGCUAUAAUCUCUCCAGUAUCUCAUCAACGCAGAUAAUUAUCGUCCCUACUCAUUGGCCUUGGGCUGAAGACUUGCCCCUGCUUAGAAACAACCCCACAACUUAUGGAAGCAGCUUACUAGCAAUCAUAAGCCAUGAAACAGAGAUACAAACCCUGCAACGAACCCAACAGCCUCCAUAUGUACUGGAGCAAGUCUGUUUUGCAAUCAAACAACAUCAGCUCUGUUAUCAAGGGUCCAUUCUUUUUUUAAAAAAAUAAUUUUUAUUAACCGGCCAAUCAAAUCAAAUUAAAUCACAUCACAUAAAUUCCGAAUUACAAAGCCAAAUUUUAAAUUUUGUUGUUGAGGGGACCCAUAUUUCAGGAUCCAAAGGGGGAUUCUGAUCAUCUUGCUACUGUUUUAAUGUCCAAAUCAGUCCAAAUCAGUCCAAACAGAGUUCAUAAUUCUAUCCAGUCUUAUCUUGCUGUUUCCACAUCACAUCUUGUUCAUAUAUUUUCUUUUUUCUUUAUGAUCUCUUCUGAUAGUCUCCUUAAGCCGAUAAACACCAAUAAUAAUCCUGUGUGAAUUUUUCCGUUCUUCCAAUCCUCAGAUCGAGAUGGUUUCCAUAUAUCAUCGCCUUCAUAGAUAACAUCACUCUUUCCAUCAUUAAUUACAGAACUGUCGUUCUUAAGUCCCUCUGAGGAGUUUCACCCACAAUAUAAAAACAGCUCUAUUUCUCUAUUUCUCCUCCCAGACUUAAGUCCUCCGACAGAACUUCCCAAUAUGGCGACGGCAUUUUUAACUGUGUCAUUCCAAAGCCCUUAUACAUUCCAUGCUCUUCUUAAAACAUGCUUUGGUUCGAAAGUUUAUCUCCACAUAGCCUUAAAUCCACAGCUUAAGUCCUUAAAACGACAUUUCUGACUUGUGAGGGGAGGGGAUUCUUGUUUAAUCACAUAAGGAAAGAAAGGAAAGUUUUCCCCCCUCCCCCAUCAGUCAUCAGUCCCUUUACCAUACUGAGUCUUGGCGUAUCUUCUCAUAAUCUAUACUUGUUGGGUCCAUUCAUUGACAUAUCUUCUAAGGUGAACUAAUGGCAUCACCUGCCAUAAAUAUAGGCCAAACAAGUCAGUUUCUGCUCAAGAGAAUAAAUGGAUGCUAAUCAGACUCUGAAACCAAUAUGGAGGUGUGGGGGUGUCAGUCUUAUCCCUCAGAGCAUUCUGUAGCAGAUCGGAAAGGUCGUCAUACUCUGGAUAUACUCCAUUCUGGGCGGCUCCCAACAGAAUAUUAAAACCACGAUAAAACAUCAAACAUCAAAAACUUCCCUAAACAGGGAUGCCUUCAGAUAUCUUCUGAAAGUCAGAUAGUUGUUUAUUUCUUUGACAUCUGAUGGGAGGGCGUUCCACAGGGCGGGCGCCACUACCGAGAAGGCCCUCUGCCUAAAUAAAUUGUAACAGAGAUUGGAACUCUUUAAGUGUGCAUUUACACGUUAAAUCUUGCCAUCCCUGAUCUUCACUUGGGGUCACUGAUCCAGAGUGCUGUGAUCGGGUCUUUUGUUCAUUUGACUGGAUCUUGAAUUAACUUCAUGCACUAUUCCUUUGCGAUCUGCACAGUUGUGUGACAUACCCAACUGCUGCCUCUUGCUUUGCUCGACUUUUUGGCUUCACUUAGUAAACCACUUCCCCACUCCCUUCUGUAUUCUGUAUUCAGGGAAUAUAUAUAUACCUACCCACUCAGGCGCUCGCACAUCUGGUGAGCUGUGACCUACUUGCAACACAAUAGAUCUGUUAGCUUUUAACAAGCCUUGACAGUGCUAAUGGUGGUGGUGGUUCUCUCAAUCAUGGCUACACUUCUGAAAUUUUGGUUUAAUUUAUUUAAGGAAGGGCUCCUGGGAAUGGGUUCGCUGGUGAGCUGGCCUCCUGAAAUAAUGAAGUGUGGGGAAAGGAGCUGCCAUGUGGUAGGGGAACUAGGUGCAUGCAGAUGUUUUGACUGCUAAAUCCCUUCGGCUCCAACUAGCAGGUUCCCCACCCACAAGCCAGCAACUUUCCUAACAAAUGGCUGUAGCUCUUUAGAGUGUGGACUCCCACUUGGAAAACCUUGGGAGAUCUGAUUGUACCUGAUUUCAACUACGUUUUCAUUUCUCCUAGACAGCAGUCCUAACUGCCACCUCCUUUUCUUCCUUCUCUAGUAUCACCUGGGACUCACUGGUCAUCCAGAACUCUUCCUCCUCAACAACAUUGACGCCGACCAAGCCUCAAUUAGAUGA